AUGCCUUCUCUGAUCAUUUCCCAUCUGCUCGUCAUCUGGCUGGGUGUCCAGAGGCUGGCCUGGUGCGCAGAGCGCGCAUCCACCCGUGAGCGCUUCAAAGUGGUCAUCGCCCCUCUCAUCUGCAAGAGGAUUUGUUUAAAAGGCCAGUGCCAGGACACCUGUGAGCAGGGCAACAAUACCACACUGAUAGGCGAGAACGGACAGUCAGCGGAUACUCUCACAGGGCCUGGAUUCAGAGUGGGUGAGUGGUGAUGCGAUGAUAAACAAUAAUUAUUUUACACAGGCCUUAUUAUGCUGUUUUUUAAACACUAAUCUCUGAACAAUAUCAGUCCUAGUAGGGAAGAAAAUACACAUAGGCCCCUAGGCCUUAAUCAUCAGAAUCAAAAUAAACAUCUCCGUGUCAAUUUGGCUAUUACCAUUGCAUUGCUAAGACAUUUGGCAUAUUUCGGAUUUUCCCCCUUCUCUAAUCUCUUGUCCACAUUGUCUGGCUGGCAUGAGUUGAAUCUUUCUGCACAGAAGUCAGAUAAACUGUGGUAAACCAAGGCUCCAGGGCCUAUACCAGUUUACAUUCUGGAGCCUACACUGGAGUUGACUUAGCUGACUAAACUCAACUCCACGAUUUACGACUAGUGUGGGCGGACUGGAGCUCCAACAUCACUUUACAUUUUAGUCAUUUAGCAGACGCUCUUAUCCAGAGCGACUUACAGUUAGUGAGUGCAUACAUUUUUUUCAUACUGGCCCCCCAUGGGAAUGAAAGUUGAGUUUAAUCUGCUAGAGUUUACUGUUCCCUCUCCCACUGCCCAGUAUAUAGCUGCGACCAGCAACCAUUCAAUCAACACACUCUCACAAUGAUAACAAUUUUACCAGUAUUGUGUUUUAAAAGCACCCUUGCCAGUUUAAAUUUGAAUUAUCUACUGUGAUGGAUCACAGGCUAGCAGCAGUUGUCAGACACAAUAAAUACACUGAGUUUACAAAACAUUAGGAACACCUGCUCUUUCCAUGACAUAGACUGACCAGGUGAAAGCUAUGAUCCCUUAUUACAUUUUACAUUUUAGUCAUUUAGCAGACGCUCUUGAUGUCAGCUGUUAAAUCCACUUCAAUCAGUGUAGAUGAAGGGGAGGAGACAGUUUAAAUAAGGAUUUUUAAGCCUUGAGACAAUAGAACCCCACAGUGGAGGUGUCAUAAUACCCAUAAAACCUAGCGGUCCAACAGGGAAAUGGUUCCAUUCAUUUUUCCCAUAGGGACUUUUAGAAACACUUAAAAUAAGGGCUGUGUUUCGUGUAGGCUUACCCUGGCAUAACGUUUUGAUAACCAUGUAAAUCUCUCUUGGACAAGGUGACUUUUAGCAAUAUAUAUUCGGCUCUAUUUACGCUCAGAUUCGAAAAUGCUAAUUAGCAUCAAAGUAGACAUCAUGCAAGACUACAAAUCCCUGCAAGCUCCUGCACGUCAGCUCUACCUGGCACCUUUGCUAACAGGUACAAUUAAAGAAAUGUAGCCAAUUUAUUCAUUACUACAUUUAGCUAACAUUAGAUAGUUAAUCCAGAGAUUCUUACCUUUGCCUCAAUUUGGCAGUCACGUCCAUAUCAUCAUGCCAUUUAUAGUGCUUUAUGAUAGCCACAUUAGCAGCUAAUUAGCAUUUCAUUUGUUGGGGGUGAAUACAGGUGAAUAUAUUGAUAAAAGUCACCUUGUCCGAGAGAGAUUUACACGGUUAUCAAAACGUCAUGCCAGGGUAAACCUACAUAAAAUCCCCUAUUGGAAAAAUAAAUGGUGGAAAAACGAUUGGAACCAUUUCCCUGUUUGAUCGUUCCUUUGAACAGGGUAUGGUAGUAGGUGCCAGGUGCACCGGUUUGAGUGUGUCAAGAACCGCAACGCUGCUGGAUUUUUCACACUCAACAAUUUCCCAUGUGUAUCAAAAAUGGUCCACCACCCAAAGGACAUCCAGCCAACUUGACACAAUUGUGGAAAGCAUUGGAGUCAACAUGGGCCAGCAUCCAUGUGGAACGCUUUCGACACCUUGUUGUCCAUGCCCUGACUAAUUGAGGCUGUUCUGAGGGCAAAAGGGGUGCAACUCAAAAUUAGGAAGGUGAUCCCCUUUGUUUUGUACACUCAGUGUGUUUAUUGGGUCUGACAACUGCUGCUAGCCUGUGAUCCAUCACAGUAGAUAAUUAAAAUGUAAACUAGCAAGGGUGCUUUUAAAACACAAUACUGGUAAAAAAAUAUAUAUCAACAAUAUUGCCUCUGUUUAGAUAGAGAACUGUUAUUACUUGCUCAGCUUUUUCAUUAGUUGUGAUGAGGCGGUGUCCAUUUCUUUGUUGAUCUGUGUGAGGCCCAGGGUUAUUUUAGUGUGACUUGAUUUUCCCUCAAACCCCUAAUUAAGGCAGACUAAGAUUUGCUUUAGAAUGUGAACAAGACCCCAAAAUAAACUGCAGUAGUAAAAAUAAAUGAGGAAACUGAUUCAGUCACUGUGAAAGCUACAUUUAUGGAAAUGCAUGCAGAGGCCGCCCUUAAAGUGUCGGCUGUGGGGCUCUGUGGUCAAGGGAGUUUGAGCAACAUUCACAUUCACUUAGGCCCACACAUUUCCUAUACAUUUACCCACAUUUUCCCAAUGUUUAGAUUUUUCUUGAACACCUAAUGACUGUAAUGCCAGUUUACCCUGUCAUAAUGUUGUCGUACAGAUUUUGUUUUAGGACUUCUUGUGAAAUGUGAAGUUCCUACGCUUUUUCUUGCACCAGCACUUCAUUACAGAACUACAGCAUAUUCCUAAUGCAUUUUUGUCAUAAUAAACUCUCUUUCUCUGCACUGUGAAUGAACAUGCUCACCCUUUCAUCACAAAACCAUCAGAAUGGCCCUCCUUACAUACUCCAGUUGUAAUUACAGUGCAACACAGAAUUGUUAAUUUUGUGUAAUCUGAACAUUUGGUCUGGAGAAUCAAACUAGUGUACAAUCGGCCCUGUGUCUGGUAUUGUACGGGUACUGUAAGCUGCAUUUAACCAGGCUUUUGUGCAGUUGUUUGGGUUUGUCUGGCAGGGGCUACAGAGUGCAACUUGAGCCAGUGUCAGCUUUUGGCAAACCAGAAGUGUGUGUGGACAGUGUACUCUAUGGACAUGUGGAAUUUUCUCUCUAGCAUGUUAAAAUGGCCGCGGUCAACGACAACAAUAUGAACACUUUUCCAUAAUAUGAGUGGCUGUGACGUCAGCACCACAGCAAGGCUGAGACCUAGACUGAGCAGACCUGCCAGAACCUUGCCGUGAAGCAAUUCACUUCCAAAUGCAUUAAUUUUCUGCCUAAUGAUUCAAGAUUUCCUGUCUUAAAGUCUUCACAAGAACAAUGUUGUUAAAGCUGUUGUAGGAUAUUAUGAGAAAAUUAAUAAAUAAGGCUUAGUGAGUUUCAGCGAAAUCUACUGGGCUUCAGCGGUUUUGCCAGGUUGGCCUCACGGCUAUUACGUAGCUAUUGCUAUAUAUUACAGUAGGUACAUUUCCAUCCUGGAUUUUUUUAGUUCAGUUAAAGAUUUGUAAUAGUAUCUACUUGAACAGAUUCUGACAUGGUUCAAGUAACAUAAACAGAUAUUUUGAAGCAGGAUUACAUUUUUUCUACAAUUCUCUGGUAAAUGAGAAUUGACUCAACCAAUCAACUCAACAGUGAAAUGACAUAAAUAAGCAACCCUUUUCCAUGUUCAUUCUGUGCUCAUUCCCUUAAUCCUUCUCUUAUGCUACUGUCUGAAGUGUAUGGCACAAGCACCCUAAUAUAUAAUGUUCAGGAAUUCUAGUGGUUUGGUCAGUCUUCUCUCAUCACCAGGUGAUCUGAAGUGAGACUGGACGUUCCUCCUUAAGUGGAGGAUUGAUGCAUAGAAAUAGAAUCACCAGGACGUCUUCAUUCCGUUCUGUGGAGUCUAUGUAUCUAUCCCUGGUAAAGCAGGACUGGCUCCCACCCCAGCCCUCAGACAGACAGUGUGGGGAAUCCAGCAGGGUUAAAGAGGGAUUAACUACUGCUACUGUUACUGCUACUUUUGCUGUUACUGCUACGCUUACUGUUCCAGGGAUAAAUCAGCUGAGAGACAGCUAGGCCACACAGACUCCUGUCUGCACUGGAUGAGGCCUCUGGAUAUACAUGCUGUAGUAUGGGAAAAUAAACUAGAAUGGCAGAGUUGCCAGAGUAUAAGUAAGGAAGUAGCUAAAUAAACGUAGGCUUCUAUUUCUCAGCAUUAUCUCUUGUCAUACUCAAAUUACGUAUGAAAGAUAAAUCCUAGAUUCAUAUCAGAGAUGGCAUAUGCUGUAUGUUGAGAUACUGUUAUACGUUUAGUUUCCGGCAGGUUCUAUAGAUGAAAAGAGUCAGUCGGCGGUUGAUCUUUGAAUCAGGCAGGCAUUGUUCUGUGUUAUGUCUCCUCCACAUGGUCAUAGAGGUUGAGCUGGGUUGUGCAGGUCAGACUGAAGCAGCACUCUGGAUGUAUGACUUAAGAGACUGGGAAUGGGAAUCUUGAUAGACAUUCCUCCCACCCCCACCCUCCCUACAGUAUUUACCCACAGUAGUUCUGAGCCUGUUCCCCCAGUUUUACUGCACACAGCUCUGUUUGGGUGAGGGACGGAGGACGCAGCCUUUCUUCUCUUUAAAGGUUGCUACCGCACAGGCAUUCCACCCAUCAACCUCAGCAGACUGGCAGCAGCUGCUCUCCACCUCUUCUGGACCUGCCUCUGCUUCUCAGUCACUCUCUCUCUGUAUCUGUCUGUAUCCUAAACUAAACCCGCUGUCUCAUUCAGCGCAAUCACAACAAGAGUCCCAUCCUUACUGUUGAGGCUGAGCUGACUUCUGUCUCUCUAGAAUGUCCUAUGUCACUCCCCCUGUAUUCAGUUCCUGAUGGACUUCUCCCUCCAUCCUACUGCAGUACCUCUGGCUCAUGUCUCUCUAUCCGUGACUCAGGAUGGAGGUCAUGUGAGAAUGUUAAAAGCCAAUGUGGUCAUGCACAAAAUAUGAGUUUAAUGGGUCAUUCAAACCCAGUCAUCCAUUUCAUUCUGAAGGCUCAGCUGUCCCACAUUUUAUUGCAGUGAUUUAUUUGGGUUUUCCCUGGGUAUGGAUCAGAGGUAUGGGUCAGAGGUAUGGGUCACAGGUACGGGUCAGAGGAGAAUGAAAGGUAAAACAGAAGUCAGCAAAACAAGCCGAGCUGGAGCUGCCCAAGGCUAGCUGUCCCUGUUUAGAGACACACUUGAGUUUCCCUCUGAGAGCACUUCCCCACACUCACUCACUUCCUCCUCUGAUGCCAAGUUAUGGGUGCUGUAGUAAACAUGGGCAACCCAGAAACCUGCACCACUCCACAGUGUGCCGCAGGCCUUGCCCAGAGGUGAGGCUAAGCAGGGCUUCGCUCACACACACACUCUCUGUCAGUCUCUCCCAUGGCCAUAGAGAGGGGGAUUCACACAGCCAUUUACGAACUUUGUUUGUGUGCGUGUGUGUGUAUUUGAUGCCAUGUCAUCAGCCUUCCCUCAAGGCUGUGUUUUAAUGUUUAUGCGUGCAUGGUUUAGGCUGCUCUCGUAUGGAGGGCAAAUAUCUCCGGUUAUUUAAGGUCACAAGCGAUGUAGCUCUACAGUCCAGUAUUUGGGGAUCUUAACUGGGAUUUUUCAUGGAAUCAGAUUCCUCCUCUCAGGGCUAUUCCUGUCCUGUCACUGGCUCUAUUCAAGUCAACACUUCGGUGCAGGUUGAGAAAAAAAAACAGUGCGAGGCAAAUUGUUUUUGGCUGCUGAAGCUCCAAAAACAAAACACCAAUUAGAGGUCAAUUUUGAAAGGGAUGAGGGAACACAGUGUGUGUGUCAGGGAGAAGGCUGUCUCGCAUUUGAAGCUAAUAUAGGAGGAGCUAGCUCAAAAAACACCCCGGCUUGCCAUGUUUAACACGCUUUCCUCCCAUUUGCUUAGCGUGGGGGAGAAAGGGAGCAGUUAUUUAAAGCUGGCCAGUGGAAUGUGAGCACUGUGAGACUGUGUAACUGCACCCCCGCCAGACCUCUGGAGCUGCACAGCCAUUAGCCAGGGUAAAUACAGAAUAACAGUGCUGCUGCCAGGACAGGGGGAGAAGGCCCUAAGACACCCUAGCCUGAACCACUACAGCUCCCCUGAGGGUGUGCCACCGCACCGCCAUCGGGCCUGGGCAGAUAUCUCACAUCAGCUCUGCUGGGUGCACCGUCAGCAUUCCUCUCUCUACCUGGUCUGUUGUUAUACAGAAAAACGGUGGAUUAGACCAGUGAUUACAUGACAUCACUUACCCAGAGUUGGUGCCAACAUUCUGUCUCCCUCUCUCUCUCCACAGACGUUAAAUUGCGCUGGAGCAGGGGGCUGCCAGGUUACACUGGGUUCAUGCCUACCUCUUGGCCAUAGAAACAACCUCACAUACCUCCAUGACAUGUCAUAAUAUGCCCAUUGAGUAAUCAGGGAUUGGAGUGAUGGGUUUGGGCAAUUAUACAUAAUCAGACAGACAGACAGUGCAGUAUCAUAGUCUCACACCAGAUUAAUGGUAAUGAUAUGUAAUGUUAGAAAUUAUCUGCCUAGUAGUCCCCUGUAGCUCAGUUGGUAGAGCAUGACGCUUGCAACUCUAGGGUUGUGGGUUCGAUUCCCACGGGAGGCCAGUAUGAAAAAUGUAUGCACUCACUAACUGUAAGUCGCUCUGGAUAAGAAUGUCUGCUAAAUGACUAAAAUGUAAAUAUUGUUUAUUUUUAAAUAAAAAUGUGUUCUAGAUAAUACUGCUUUAAAAAAGGGGUGGGGUUAAUGAAAGUGGACAAAAAUGAAAGUUGAUCAAACCCAGCGAGGGUGGUCUUAUUCAUGAAAGAUUUCUGCUAGAUAAUUUUGUGCCAGUAGACUGUUAAAGACAGCAAUCAUUUAGUGACUCAAAUGUUCUAUAUGUGUUGAGCAUUGGAACAGGCACUGUUUGGAUAGCUAAGGGCUGCAGCCCUCCUUGCCAAGCGAUCUGGGGUGGAUGCGGGGAUUGAGGGGAUGCAUGGGUACAAUAUGGGUAUCUAGAGCCCAUUCAGUAAACAGAGGCCGUUACUCCCAGGCGGCCUGCUAGUCGGCAGGAGGAAGCGGAGGAGACUUUCUCAGGCCUGUGUUUUUAAAAAGCCAGUGAUUAUGUCAUUUACCCUGGGCUAUGGGCUCAGCUACAGAAGUCUGGCCCAGUCCAUAGUCCACUCUGUGGAUGUGGUAUGCGGUCUCACAAUGCCAGUUUAAAGCAGGCAUAUUUGGGGAUGUGGUUUCUUGCUUUUCUACUGACCGUGAAGGCAAGAGCGUCAUAAGAUGUUGUGCCUCCCAUUAUUGUAAUAAUGCCCUUUUAAUAGUGGUAGUAGUGGUAGUGGUGGUGAUUGUUAUUGUGGUGUAAUGUUGUUUUUGUCGUUGUCCUUUUGAUGGUAUUUAUAGUGGGAAUGAAGACAUGAAAAUUGAUUGAUUUGACGUGGUUGUGUAGCUUACUGGCAUUAAUGAAUCAUACAUUGAUUGCUAGUGACCCAUAAUAUGUAAUCCUCUAAUCAUCUGUUUUCUCUGUUACUCCUAGUAUAAAACUGUAAUACUAGUACAAUACUGUAAUACUAGUAUAAUACUGUAUGUAAUACUAGUAUAAUACUGUAAUAAUAUACUAAAAAAUAAACGUAUUAUCAUUUUCUGAUGUUUUGGCAAAUACUCCCUCCUCUAUAACACCAUACUUUUUAAGGCAUAUAAUCAUAAUCUCAUGAUCACUUUAAAUGAUGAUGAAUAUUUGUUUAGCCAUGAGAAGCUGGCCAGCCUUCACUGACCCACUGACAUAUUCAGGAUGAUCUUCUAAGAAAUGUAAGAUAUCAGAUGAACAGCUCACUGUACGUAGACUAACUGUUGAACUGGAACGUUAAACUAUCAUUUGAUCAUUUAGAGCUGGGAAUAUUUGAGUUGGGAGGGAGAGGCUGUGGUUGGAUGGGAAGCUGUAGGGGGAGGUAACCAGGCUGCUGCUGCGUCAUCUCUAGACAGACAGAAGUGGGUGGGUGGCCACAGUCAGAGCAAAACCCCAGGGGCAUGCAGAGGGCGCCCCUUACACACACACACACACACACACACACACACACACACACACACACACACACACACACACACCUCCCCCACCUCCCUCUGCACACAGUGUACAGACAGGCAGGAGAUCCCCCCUACUAAAGAUACUGUUGAGGUCUGAGGGAAGUAUGAGUCUUGCUGGUUUUAGAUGUGCUGUAUGAACUGUGAUGUAGUGAUAUUAGAGAGCUCUGAGUUUUAUCUCUUCAGCUAGGUUUGAUUUGAAUGGGGACUUAGUUGAACCUAUUGUUGCUCCUGGGGCUUUGGAUCCCUGAAGAGGAAAUAGAAUGGUCCUUGUUCAAUCUGGAGUGUAGAAACGUGAGUCCAGGUUUGGCAUUGGAAAUGGGUCAGAUCAUUGCUCAAGACUUGAGUUUGUAAGGCCUAUUGUUGAAAUAUUAUCCUUGGCUAAAACUCUUCCACCCUGUCGCUCUCAAACGUGGUUGGUUGUAAUGAAAAACCCAGCAGCCAGUAGUUGGUCUGAAAUAAUAACAUAAUUAAACAUUCCAAAGUGUGUGUGUUGGUGUGUCAGAGUUUCUGUAUAUGUACAGCAUAGUACGUAUAGCUCUAUGUUAGUGUGCCAAAUCUGUGGUAGUGUGUCAGUGUGUGUAAAGCACACUGUAUAGUUGUCUCAUCUUGCUCACGCUACAGUUGAAGAAUGACAGGUAUGUAUUUUUGAAAAAGUCCCUCUGCAUUUGGAGAAAAAAGUGCAGAUUCAUUUGGAUCCCUCUGAUGUUUUUUCCAUUGCACUUUCUCUAUUCUACUUCUUUCUUUCUCUCUCUCUUUCUUACACACUUUCCCCCUCUUUCCACUCCUCCCUCUCUCCUUCUCUCUCACGCUCUCUCUUGCCUCCCCACUCUCUCUUUUUCUCUACAUAUCCCUUUCUUUCUCUCCCUUUAUUUUUUUGUAGUGCCUCAAUUGGCCUGUCUAUCCCCUACACACUGUCGGUUUCAGUCUAAAUCAGUGGUAUUCAGACCCCAUUUCGGUACAUUUAGAUUUUUACAUCUACAAAUAACCUUAAAUUCAUUGCAUUUUCAUCUCUUAUCAAAAUGAAAAGAAACCAAUAAAUACAUUUACUCAAUAAAAUUGUAUUUUCAAAUUAUAUUUUUCAAAAAUGUUUGUAUAUUGUCCCAUAUAAUAAUCUGUACUCUUAAUUUUCUGUUCCCACCCACAAAAAAGAAAAAAAGUGUGUAUACAUAAACAUAGUGCAUUGGAAAGUAUUCAGACCCCUUUACUUUUUCCAAAUGUUAUUAUGUUCCAGCCUUAUUCUAAAAGGAUUAAAUAUUUUUUUCCCCUCAUCAAUCUACACGCAAUACCCCAAAAUGACAAAGCACAAACAGAUUCUUAGAAAUGUUUGAAAAUGUAUAAAGUAUUCAAACCAUUUACUCAGUACUUUGUUGAAGCACCGUUGCCAGCGAUUACAGCCUCAAGUCUUCUUGGGUAUGACGCUACAAGCUUGGCACACCUGUAUUUGGGGAGUUUCUCCCAUUCUUCUCUGCAGAUCCUCUCAAGCUGUAUGGUUGGAUGGGGAGCGUCCCUGCACAGCUAUUUUCAGGUCUCUCCAGAGAUGUUUGAUCGGGUUCAAGUCCGGGCUCUGGCUGGGCCACUCAAGGACAUUCAGAGACUUGUCCCGAAGCCACUCCUGCGUUGUCUUGGCUGUGUGCUUAGGGUCGUUGUCCUGUUGGAAGGUGAACCUUCGCCCCAGUCUGAGGUCCUGAGCGCUCUGGAGCAGUUUUUCAUCAAGGAUCUCUCUGUACUAUGCUCCGUUCAUCUUUCCCUCGAUCCUGACUAGUCUCCCAGUCCCUGCCGCUGAAAAACUUCCCCACAGCAUGAUGCUGCCACCACCAUGCUUCACCGUAGGGAUGGUGUCAGGUUUCCUCCAGACGUGUCACUUGGCAUUCAGGCCAAAGAGUUUAAUCUUGCUUUCAUCAGACCAAAUAAUCUUGUUUCUCAUGGUCUGAGAGUCGUUAGGUGCCUUUUGGCAAACUCCAAGCCGGCUGUCAUGUGCCUUUUACUGAGGAGUGGCUUCCGUCUGGCCACUCUACCAUAAAGGCCUGAUUGGUGGAGUGCUGCAGAGAUGGUUGUCCUUCUGGAUGGUUCUCCCAUCUCCACAGAGGAACUCUGGAGCUCUGUCAGAGUGACCAUCGGGUUCUUGGUCACCUCCCUGACCAAGGCCCUUUUCCCCCGAUUGCUCAUUUUGGCCGAGCGGCCAGCUCUAGGUAGAGUCUUGGUGGUUCCAAACUUCUUCCAUUUAAUGAUGGAGGCCACUGUGUUCUUGGGGACCUUCAAUGCUGCAGAAAUGUUUUGGUACCCUUCCCCAGAUCUGUGCCUGGACACAAUCCUGUCUUGGAGCUCUACGGACAAUUCCUUCGUCCUCAUGGCUUGGUUUUUGCUCUGACAUGCACUGUCAACUGUGGGACCUUAUAUAGACAGGUGUGUGCCUUUCCAAAUCAUGUCCAAUCAAUUGAAUUUACCACAGGUGGACUCCAAUCAAGUUGUAGAAACAUCUCAAGGAUGAUCAAUGGAAACAGGAUGCACCUGAGCUCAAUUUCGAGUGUCAUAGCAAAGGGUCUGAAUAGUUAUAAGGUAUUUCUGUUUUUUAUUUUUAAUACAUUUGAAAAUGUUUCUAAAAACCUGUUUUCGCUUUGUCAUUAUGGGGUAUUGUGUGUAUAUUGAUGAGGACAUUUAUUUAAUCCAUGUUAGAAUAAGGCUGUAACAUAAAAAAUGUGGAAAGAGGGAAGGGGUCUGAAAACUUUACGAAUGCAAUGUAUAUCAAAAACAAUUUUGGAGACCCCACCGCAGUUACCCCGAUUUUAAAUACCACUGGUCUAAAUCAUGGCAUUAUGAGGAAGGAGCUCUCACAUAAAACACGAGAAGAGCUUUAAAGCAUUUGUUCCUUUCUUCCUCCUUCUCUCCCCCUCUCUUUUCUCUCUUUUGCUUCCAGCACAUGCUGGAUAGGAAAAAAGAUUUCCCCUUUGACUACGGUUUGGAACACAUGUGACCCAAUUUUGAGUAUGAAAUCUAUAUCCGAAGACAUGCCAAUAAAAUGGGAUAAUGUGAAAGUGAGAUGUGAGCAAAAUAAAAAAAAACAUUCCCUGAGGAUUUGGACCUCAGUAUUAAUGGUGGUGACUGAGAAUUUAUAUCCAUAUUGGUAUCAUGGGUUUCAUAGAAGUGCUUUAUAAUAUAUAGCACUGUAUAAUAUAGCCUAGAUAGCACCAAGCAUUUGUUGGAGUGAUCCUAUAGCUCGGUGGCUUUAGUGUUUCAGAUGAUCUAUUCUAGGCCAUUCUGACUGCCUGCUACCCACUCAAUAGAGUGGGAGAAUUUCCCAUCUGCAGACUUUGUGUGCCAAGUUGGGUUUCAUAAUUCAAGGAUGCAGUGGAACACAUAUUAUCAUGACUGGAUCAUAACAGUCCCACGAUAAUUUCACUCACUCAGACACAGUCUGCAGAAAGUAUUAGUCCAUGUGCAUUAUACCCAGGUCUCUUAAGCUGCCCUGUACUGGGUUUAGAUAGAGGAAGCAGAUGUGGAGGAGAGUCUAGUUUAAAUCCCUCCUAUUUACUGUGAGAAACCAGUCUGAGACCUGGCCUCCUGGUCCAGUCAGUGUGGUGUAGUCUGAUUAGUGGACUUGGAGGUCCACCCUCUCUACCUCAUAAGAUAUGUGGUUAGCCUGUCAUGCUAAGCACCAGUACGCCACACAACUAGCUAAUCUGUGGGGAAGGGAUUAACAUUCUAAAUACAAGCACACAGCAAGAGGUGUGCUAGAGAUGGCAGACAGCAAUGUGAUGUAGUCUCUGUUGUGAAGCCCCAUGCUGGGGUUAGUUCCAAACAUCAAAAGAAAGGCUCAUUCACCAGAUUUUAUUUUAACCACAGCUUAUGUACAGUCUGCUUCAAGGUAUGUGUGCAAUAUUUUCAUGGAGACAAAGGUAUAAUUUUGAGUAACAUUACCUAAAGGCUGUGUAAUUUUUUUUUCAUAGAACCCCUUCCUGUUGUUGGUCAUGGAGUUGUUGGCCAUGGAGUUUGUGUGUGUGUGUGUGUGCAUGUGUGCCUGUGUGACUGCUGUGAGCUCCAGUACCCCGUCAGAGGGUCUACUCUGCUCUCUCUUAGACAGCUUCUCUGCCAGACGGGCCCUCUCCCCAAGCCUUACCAGACUUUUCCUAUGUUGUCUCUCCGGUCUCUGUGGGUUGAAGUUGUAUAAUCGGGUUUGGAAGGAGGCUACGCCCCUGUCUUUCUUUCUCCGUCUCUUUCUCUGUUCUCUUCCCAAUUCUCCAUUCCCAACAGCUUUCUCCGCUUUCUCUCUCCGUCUUUCCAGCUUUCUCUACUGAGACAAAAAGUAAUCAGACACACAAUAGAUGUCUGGAGAGCUGUGCGUGGGGAAGGGAAGUCCUUCUCCAGCUGGACUUACUCUCCAGGUUUUCCCCUGCUAUCUGUGAGCCUCCCCAUUAACCUGCUGCUGCGUGUAGCUGCCUGUUUUGGGUGUAUGGUUAAAGACCACUGUCAAGUUUAAUUAUGGUGCAGGCAGUGCAGGCUGCGUCAGAACAACCCAGCCUAUCCCACUACACAUUUAAACAUAAGCUGCACAGCCUCAUGUAAUUUCAUUAUGGCUGUGAUUUCUCCAGUUGCUCUUUUCCUUGACUUUCAUUGGUUUAAAGAUGUCCCUGCUGUGUUUGAGGUGAUCUAGUCCCGUCAUUACACAGCGGCCUAGACUCCGAGGCAGUCCAGGCCUAAUUGCUUCAGUGUGUGGAGCUCUACUCUGCGGGGCGGGUAACACGAAGAGGCCUCAUCUCAACCACUGGGUGGGUCUCUGUGUCAGUCAGAGGUGCUGAGUCGCCACUCUCUCUAUCUCUCUCUCUCUCUCUCUCUCUCUUCCUGCCCAGGGACUCACACUGCUGCAGGUCUGUGAUACUGUUAUGCUAGACUGCAGGGAAAGACAUCCAAACCACUGAGCUUCAACUUCUGCUUUAUUUCAUGGCCACAUUAUGGGACAGAGAGAGACUACAACAUUUAGUCGUUGAUUAAAAGUUUCAACAUUUUAUGUUGUAUGUCUAUUGAACUAUGUGUGUUAUUACAGCAUGUAUUGCAGCAUAUCUUAACACAGCAUAUCUUGAAUUAAGUUAUGAUUCCAUUAUUAUUGCUGAACGUCUCAGUCUGGUAUGUACUCCUAGCUCCCAGAUCUCGGCUCCCACUAUUUCAUCUGAUUCUCCUUUUUAGGGAGAAAACUAGCUACCAUAAAAGUAAACACGAAGGGAAACCUACAGAACGGCAUAUAUGGCAUGAAGCUUUUUCUUUAAGCAGAGCUCCUGUGGUUUCAAAUCUUUUCCAAAUCCCAGUAAAAAGACGUCAUUCCUAUCAGUGUUCUGCUCUGGCCUGCUCUCAUCCACAGCCAGCCCCACCCCCACCCCCUGCUGCUGAUUGGCUGAGGCAGCUUGUUUGUACGUGGAGCUGAUGUGAUUUGACUGUGUCAUUUAGUCCUGAAAUCCAAAGUGACCUUGUGGGGGUGACUAAUACUGGAAACUCCUGACAUCAGGGUGUUGUUGUUCCCCACGAGGAAAUCUGGGGGGGGGGGGGGGGGGAAUACUGUGGAUCUGUCUCUGUCCAUUAGUACAUUUGUACGGUAGUCACAUACAAUAUCUCAGACAGCACUGGCCCAAUUUUUACGAAACUUGGGUGGAUGAUGUGUCUUGCCAUAGAGGUCCGGUAUUUACAAAAUUACACUGAUUGGCCAGAUGGUGGUGCUAUAGCAAGAGAUUGAAAAUGCAAAUGUUGAAAGGUCAUGCCCUUCACUCCAUUUGACCUAAAGUCAUGAAAUUCGGUACAUACGUCCCUCUUCUCACAAGGACCAAAUUUGCCUCAGGGACCCAUAAGGUCUGCCAUGAUGGAUCUUCUGCCAUUUUGAAUUAUAUGAAAAACACUUAAAACGCUACUCUUCUGGCAUCGAAUGACCAAUCUGCACGAAACUUGAUACGUGGCAUCUAUGGAGAAAGCUCUCUCAACGCAAUAUUUUCCAGAGUAGUACCUAAAAGAACAAGGUAGAGGUAUCUAAAUAUCUGAAAAUGGGCAUUACCGGUAAACCCUUCAGAGGCUAGUUUAAAUUUAAACAAAUCCUUUCUAAUUGCGAUUAUUCUCUAAGCCAUACAGAGAGGAAGGUUGCUAGACACGGACUGUGGUAUCUAUGGUAACUGCAGACUCCCCUCAACGGGAGUGCCGAGGGAAGGCUAGGAUCUUGUGAACUGCCAACCCUUCCUUUGGACACAUUCAGCUGCCUGGACAGCUAAAUAAAGACAGAGGAAACAGAUCAUGCAAGCGGUUUCAACCCACACAUCACAGAAUACAAUAACAACACUGACUGACUGCAGACAUUUCAUAGACAGACCAUACCCAGGGCCAUGCACAUGGAAUGGAGCAGCUGAGCACAGGCCACACAUUGCCUACAGUGACAUGUGAGAUGGGGUGGCCGGACAAUGGUAAUGGGAAUUACAUUUGUAUGUAAAUUAACACAGCUACACUGUUAUAUACAGUGGGGAGAACAAGUAUUUGAUACACUGCCGAUUUUGCAGGUUUUCCUACUUACAAAGCAUGUAGAGGUCUGUAAUUUUUAUCAUAGGUACACUUCAACUGUGAGAGACGGAAUCUAAAAUAAAAAUCCAGAAAAUCACAUUGUAUGAUUUUUAAGUAAUUAAUUUGCAUUUUAUUGCAUGACAUAAGUAUUUGAUACAUCAGAAAAGCAGAACUUAAUAUUUGGUACAGAAACCUUUGUUUGCAAUUACAGAGAUCAUACGUUUCCUGUAGGUCUUGACCAGGUUUGCACACACUGCAGCAUGGAUUUUGGCCCACUCCUCCAUACAGACCUUCUCCAGAUCCUUCAGGUUUCGGGGCUGUCGCUGGGCAAUACGGACUUUCAGCUCCCUCCAAAGAUUUUCUAUUGGGUUCAGGUCUGGGGACUGGCUAGGCCACUCCAGGACCUUGAGAUGCUUCUUACGGAGCCACUCCUUAGUUGCCCUGGCUGUGUGUUUCGGGUCGUUGUCAUGCUGGAAGACCCAGCCACGACCCAUCUUCAAUGCUCUUACUGAGGGAAGGAGGUUGAUGGCCAAGAUCUCGCGAUACAUGGCCCCAUCCAUCCUCCCCUCAAUACGGUGCAGUCGUCCUGUCCCCUUUGCAGAAAAGCAUCCCCAAAGAAUGAUGUUUCCACCUCCAUGCUUCACGGUUGGGAUGGUGUUCUUGGGGUUGUACUCAUCCUUCUUCUUCCUCCAAACACGGCGAGUGGAGUUUAGACCAAAAAGCUCUAUUUUUGUCUCAUCAGACCACAUGACCUUCUCCCAUUCCUCCUCUGGAUCAUCCAGAUGGUCAUUGGCAAACUUCAGACGGGCCUGGACAUGCGCUGGCUUGAGUAGGGGGACCUUGCGUGCGCUGCAGGAUUUUAAUCCAUGACGGCGUAGUGUGUUACUAAUGGUUUUCUUUGAGACUGUGGUCCCAGCUCUCUUCAGGUCAUUGACCAGGUCCUGCCGUGUAGUUCUGGGCUGAUCCCAAACCUUCCUCAUGAUCAUUGAUGCCCCACGAGGUGAGAUCUUGCAUGGAGCCCCAGACCGAGGGUGAUUGACCGUCAUCUUGAACUUCUUCCAUUUUCUAAUAAUUGCGCCAACAGUUGUUGCCUUCUCACCAAAAUGCUUGCCUAUUGUCCUGUAGCACAUCCCAGCCUUGUGCAGGUCUACAAUUGUAUCCCUGAUGUCCUUACACAGCUCUCUGGUCUUGGCCAUUGUGGAGAGGUUGGAGUCUGUUUGAUUGAGUGUGUGGACAGGUGUCUUUUAUACAGGUAACGAGUUCAAACAGGUGCAGUUAAUACAGUUAAUGAGUGGAGAACAGGAGGGCUUCUUAAAGAAAAACUAACAGGUCUGUGAGAGCCGGAAUUCUUACUGGUUGGUAGGUGAUCAAAUACUUAUGUAAUGCAUAAAAUGCAAAUUAAUUACUUAAAAUCAUACAAUGUGAUUUUCUGGAUUUUUUUCACAGUUGAAGUGUACCUAUGAUAAAAAUUACAGACCUCUACAUGCUUUGUAAGUAGGAAAACCUGCAAAAUCGGCAGUGUAUCAAAUACUUGUUCUCCCCACUGUAACUAUUGUCAAGAUCUUUGGAAUAUCCACGUAGCAGAGAAACAACACACACACACAUGCACCCACACAGACGUCCUCAGUGAUGGAACUAGUGGUCUGAAUAUCAGACCGUUACUGCUCUGGGGCAAAAUAUCACAGAAUUUCAUAUCUGAGGAAGCAGUCUAAUGUAACUGCUGCCAUUUGAAGACAUUAAAGCAUGACAGGUCAACCUGUAAUGCUGAAGUCCCCAUAGAUCUCAUCAAACAUCCCUCUGAUUAGAUUCAUUAACAGCUUACAUUGAUCAGCGAAAUGUGAGUCCUCUCCUGUCAUGCAUUAUGCCACCACCACAGUACAUUCCUAUCAGUACUGGUUUAGAGGGAAGGCGCCCCAGAGGUGUUGAUCCAGCUUCCAGAGGUUAAUAUUCUACUACCUGCUGAUGACAAAAGUUUUGAUUGCAAUCAGAAUGAAAUGUAUGAAAUCUGGUAAAGGUUAUUGUAAUUAGAUAGUAAAGGAUCAUGUUCAGUCCAUUCCCCUAGUUGCUAUACAGAAUAGUUGCAGCAUAGAAGUAAUAGUAUACUGCUUCAAGUUACAAAUAGUAGCUUCAUAAGAAUUAAGUGUUGCAAGUGUUUUUAAGCUGUACAGUCGUGGUCAACCACUAUUGACCAAUAAACAUUCAAGUGGGCGUGGUCUGGCACAUAAAUGCAUAUAAAUCAGUCGAGGAUAUUCGUAUUGUAACAACAUUUGGUACACAUGUUGCAAACACUAUCACAACUCAACAAAUGCAAGAACAUUCAUAUCGACCACACAGUGGCAUUAUAAUGGGCACAUGUUUAUAUCUCUUGAUCUGUUUGACGCACAGUGCUGAGAUUUGGCACACAUGCUCAGGGAUAUCUCAGACACCACUGGCCCGAUUUGGAUGAAAAUGAUGUGUGAAUGAUGCGUCUUGCCAUAAAAAUCCUUCAUUUAGAAAAUUACACUGAUUGGCCCAAGGGAGGUGCUAUAGUAAUCAACUGUACAUACGUUAGUUAUACGCAAUAUCUCAGACACCACUGGCCCAAUUUCAUGAUAUCCAAUUACGAUCUUGUCUCAUCGCUGCAACUCCCCAACGGGCUCGGGAGAAGCAAAGGUCGAGUCAUGCGUCCUCCGAAACAUGACCCACCAAUCCGCACUUCUUAACACCCGCCCGCUUAACCCAGAAGCCAGCCACACCAAUGUGUCAGAGGAAGCGCUGUCCAACUGACGACCGAAGUCAGCCUGCAGGCGCCUGGCCCACCACAAGGAGCCGCUAGAGGGCGAUGAGCCAAGUAAAACCCCCCCGCCAAACCCUCCCCGAACCUGGACGACGCUGGGCCAAUUGUGCAUCGCCCUCACUGGUCUGAUUUUGACGAAACUUGGGUGAAUGAUGCUUCUUGCCAUAGAGAUCCAGGAUUUACAAAAUUACACUGAUUGGCCCAAGGGGGGCGCUCCAUCAUUCAUGGAUUUAGGGAUGUAGCUCAGUUGGUAGAGCAUGGCGUUUGCAACGCCAGGGUUGUGGGUUCGAUUCCCACGGGGGGCCAGUAUGAAAAAUAAAUAAAUAAUGAAUGCACUCACUAACUGUAAGUCGCUCUGGAUAAGAGCGUCUGCUAAAUGACUAAAAUGUAAUGUAAAAGGGGGAUGACAUGUUUAUUUUCUACUGGAAUGAUGCGUCUUGCCAUAGAGAUCCGGGAUUUACAAAAUUACACUGAUUGGCCCAAGGGGGGCGCUCCAUCAUUCGUGGGGGAUGACAUGUUUAUUUUCUACUGGAGCUAUGGUCCUGCUAUUGUAAAAGUCCCAACUGCUCUCUGUUUAAAAUAAUGUUCCAAAUGAAAAAAAGCACAACAAUUACGUUAUGUUGAUGAUGUUCGCCAUGUGUACAUGUUUUUCCUCUCCUAAUGUCUUGGUGAUGUGUUUUAUUUUGUAUUUAGUAACAACACCUCUUUCUCUCUCCCUGUCUCUUUAGUUGUGUGUCCACUGACCUGUAUGAAUGGAGGGGUGUGCAGCUCGCGGACCCACUGCCUGUGCCCGCCAGGUUUCACUGGUCGCCUGUGCCAGUUCCCGCUCCGGCAGAUGCCUGAGGCCCAGGCGGCGCGGGGCAACAAGCAACCCGUCUACACGCUGUCAGUGCUGCCAGACGGCCAGAGCCAGGGCGAGCAGGCGGCCAUGGGGCGACCACAGCUGGCACAGACCCACUCUGUGUUCACCCUUCCCCUGGCACAGGGAGCAGGACAUCACUCAUCAGAAGGUAACCAUUAUGGCAAACUGUGGGCACUGAAACCACAGUCAUAUUGCUGUAUUUAUCAAUACCAUGUAGCAGUUUGUUUUGGGUGACAUUAUACAGAACUGUAAUCAUAUUAAUGUAAUCUCCCUUGUGUUUUUCUCUUCCUCUUUCUUGGCAUCUCUCUUCCCUCCGCUACUCUCUCUCGCUCUCUCGCGCUCUCUUUUUAGUGCAGUUCAAUGUCCGUGUCCACCAUGCACACGACACAUCCGUUGUCAUCCACCCUCUCGACCAAUCGGAUUCGAAGCCCCCUCAUAAAACCGUGACACGCUUGACCCCUCAGACACACAAACCCAGGGGGCGGUGCUUCCAGGAGACCACGCCCAAACAAGCUGUGAGUUACACCCCCCAUCGACACAGUGAUUGUCACUUUACAUACAAUAAAUGUGUUAUGGUUUUUCAAUCGCCAUUUUGUGCAUUUCCCUCUUUCUUUCCCUUUCUCACGCCAUGUGCUUCAGUGUAGCAGUACCCCUCUCCCUGUACUGACCAACCAGGAGGACUGCUGUGGAAGUGUCGGGAACUCCUGGGGACAAAACAAAUGUUAUAAAUGUCCCAAGCUACCAUGUGAGUAACAAAUGCCUCAGAAUGGACUUGUGUGUGGGUGUAUUUCCUGGACUACUGGUGAUCUGACAUUCUUUCAUUUGUGAUCUUCUAUCCAACAUCUCUAACUGCAUAUCUGUCAUGUAUAGUGAUUAUCUGUCAUGUAUAGUGAUUAUCUGUCUUGUAUAGUUGUAUAGUAUAGUGUAUAGUAUAGUGUAUGUAUAGUAUAGUGACAGAUAAUCAUCUAGAUUAUUAUCUGUCAGAUGUGACAACUGAGCUUCCAUUAUUUAUAAUCUAACUCCUUGGCAGAUGUCCAUCUGAUCUGGAUCUCUCUGCUGUUAUACGCAUUGUUAUUUGUUUAUGGAGCCAAAAAACGUCAAGCGUCCACGCCAAUCAUUCAUUCCCAGCUUAUGAAAUAAUGAGCCUGCAUUAACGCAAGCGAUUUGUGUAUGUCUAUGUUUGUAUAAGUGUGUACGCAUGUGUGUGUAUGUGUGUGUGUGUGUGUGUGUGUGUGUGUGUGUGUGUGUGCAUGUGUGUGCAAUUGAGUGAGGGAGAGCGAGAGAGCGAGAGAGAGUGAGAGAGACAGAAAAUAACUCUGCAGUUACGUGUCUUCCCAUGUGCCAGGCCAGUGGAAUACUGUCAUCGAAUUGCUGAAGAUUGAAUUUCAAGCUGCGCCCCAUGAAAGUCUUGGCCAACUUACCUUUUUCCAUUUUUCUAUUACUCCAUUCCUCAUUUGUGUGUCAGACAAAGAAACCUUUGUAAGAAAAUGAUAGUUAUGGUUAAUCUUUCAACUUGGGACAUCCCUGUCUGGCGUGCUUCUCGCCUCUUUUCUAGAAACGUUGAAGGAACGUUGUAUUGUUUUUAUGAGACAUGUCUUCUGCGUAUGAACAGACACAAGCAAGUGGAAAAUAUGAUUCUGGCCUUUUCUUGGGAAGCAUAACUUUUUGAAGUUGUACUUUUCUUCAAUCUAUUUUUGAAAGGUAUUCUGGAACGCAAUGCUCCCACAGUUUCCCACAAAAGCAUUCUUUCAAUAUUUCUGCCUGGAGGAAAAUUCACUUAUAGACCACCAUUUUUUUCUAUCUUCAUUUGAUUCCUUUCGGUUUAAUCUCUCUUUCCGAGACGAGGUGGAAUUUGACUUGGUCGCUUUACCUCUCUUUUAUUUUAUUUUCCCUCUUUUAGUACUCCUUGUUUCAUACUCAUGCUUGGAUACCUGGAAUCUCUCAAACCCAGGCUCUGAUCAAACGUGUCUCAUCUAUACAGAUAUCUUUGUCCCAUGGAACCACACACACUUACUGUCAUGCUGCCUAUGCUGACAGACUAAAGAGGGAACAGCUAAAUGAGCUACUUAGUCCAGGGCAGCAGGUAGCCUAGCGGUUAAGAGCGUUGGGCUAGUAACCGAAGGGUCACUGGUUCGAAUCCUCGAGCUGGUAAAGUUGAAAAAUCUGCCAUUCUUCCCUUGAGCAAGGCAGAUAACCCCCAACGACAAUUGCUCCCAAGUGCCGAUGUUGAUUAAGACAGCCCCCCGCACCUCUCUGAUUCAGAGGGGUUGAGUUAAAUGCGGAACACACAUUUUGGUUGAAUGCAUUCAGUUGUGCAACUGACUAGGUAUCCCCUUUCCCUAGUGUAUGACUAACUGGAAGAAAUUAUCACAGACCCUACUGCAUUUACGUCAUUUAGCAGACACUCUUAUCCAGAGCGACUUACAAAUUGGUGCAUUCACCUUAUAGCCAGUGGGAUAACCACUUUACAAUGGGGGGGGGAAUGGGUAGAAUGAUUACUUUAUCCUAUCCCAGGUAUUCCUUAAAGAGGUGGUGUUUCAAGUGUCUCCGGAAGGUGGUGAGUGACUCCGCUGUCCUGGCGUCGUGAGGGAGCUUGUUCCACCAUUGGGGUGCCAGAGCAGCGAACAGUUUUGACUGGGUUGAGCGGGAACUGUGCUUCCGCAGAGGUAGGGGUGCCAGCAGGUCAGAGGUGGAUGAACGCAAUGCCCUAGUUUGGGUGUAGGGACUGAUCAGAGCCUGAAGGUACGGAGGUGCCGUUCCCCUCACAGCUCCGUAGGCAAGCACCAUGGACUUGUAGCAGAUGCGAGCUUCAACUGGAAGCCAGUGGAGUGGGCGGAGGAGCGGGGUGACGUGAGAGAACUUGGGAAGGUUGAACACCAGACGGGCUGCGGCAUUCUGGAUGAGUUGUAGGGGUUUAAUGGAGGGAGCCCAGCCAACAGCGAGUUGCAGUAAUCCAGACGGGAGAUGACAAGUGCCUGGAUUAGGACCUGUGCCGCUUCCUGUGUAAGGCAGGGUCGUACUUUCCGAAUGUUGUAGAGCAUGAACCUACAGGAUCGGGUCACCGCCUUGAUGUUAGCGGAGAACGACAGGGUGUUGUCCAGGGUCAUGCCAAGGUUCUUCGCACUCUGGGAGGAGGACACAACAGAGUUGUCUACCGUGAUGGCGAGAUCAUGGAACGGGCAGUCCUUCCCCGGGAGGAAGAGCAGCUCCGUCUUGCCAAGGUUCAGCUUGAGGUGGUGAUCCGUCAUCCACACUGAUAUGUCUGCCAGACAUGCAGAGAUGCGAUUCGCCACCUGGUUAUCAGAAGGGGGAAAGGAGAAGAUUAGUUGUGUGUCGUCUGCGUAGCAAUGAUAGGAGAGGCCAUGUGAGGAUAUGACAGAGCCAAGUGACUUGGUGUAUAGCGAGAAUAGGAGAGGGCCUAGAACUGAGCCCUGGGGGACACCAGUGGUGAGAGCACGUGGUGCGGAGACAGCUUCUCGCCACGCCACUUGGUAGGAGCGACCGGUCAGGUAGGACGCAAUCCAAGAGUGAGCCGCGCCGGAGAUGCCCAGCUCGGAGAGGGUGGAGAGGAGGAUCUGAUGGUUCACAGUAUCAAAGGCAGCAGACAGGUCUAGAAGGACAAGAGCAGAGGAGAGAGAGUUAGCUUUAGCAGUGCGGAGAGCCUCCGUGACACAGAGAAGAGCAGUCUCAGUUGAAUGACCAGUCUUGAAACCUGACUGGUUUGGAUCAAGAAGGUCAUUCUGAGAGAGAUAGCAAGAGAGUUGGCUAAAGACGGCACACUCAAGAGUUUUGGAGAGAAAAGAAAGAAGGGAUACUGGUCUGUAGUUGUUGACAUCAGAGGUGAUCAAGUGUUGGUUUUUUGAGAAGGGGUGCAACUCUCGCUCUCUUGAAGAUGGAAGGGACUUAGCCAGCGGUCAAGGAUGAGUUGAUGAGCGAGGUGAGGUAAGGGAGAAGGUCACCGGAGAUGGUCUGGAGAAGAGAGGAGGGGAUAGGGUCAAGCGGGCAGGUUGUUGGGCGGCCGGCCGUCACAAGUCGCAAGAUUUUAUCUGGAGAGAGAGGGGAGAAAUAAGUCAAAGCAUAGGGUAGGGCAGUGUGAGCAGGACCAGCAGUGUCAUUUCACUUAACAAACGAGGAUCGGAUGUCGUCAACCUUCUUUUCAAAAUGGUUGACGAAGUCAUCCACAGAGAGGGAGGAGGGGGGAGGGGGAGGAGGAUUCAGCAGGGAGGAGAAGGUGGCAAAGAGCUUCCUAGGGUUAGAGGCAGAUGCUUGUAAUUUAGAGUGGUAGAAAGUGGCUUUAGCAGCAGAAACAGAUGAAGAAAAUGUAGAGAGGAGGGAGUGAAAAGAUGCCAGGUCCGCAGGGAGUCUAGUUUUCUUCCAUUUCCGCUCGGCUGCCCGGAGCCCUGUUCUGUGAGCUCGCAAUGAGUCAUCAAGCCACGGAGCUGGAGGGGAGGACCGAGCCGGCCGGGAGGAUAGGGGACAUAGAGAGUCAAAUGAUGCAGAAAGGGAGGAGAGGAGGGUUGAGGAUGCAGAAUCAAGAGAUUGGAGGGAGAAGGAUUGAGCAGAGGGAAGAGAUGAUAGGAUGGAAGAGGAGAGAGUAGCGGGAGAGAGAGAGCGAAGGUUGCGACGGCGCAUUACCAUCUGAGUAGGGGCAGAGUGAGUAGUGUUGGAGGAGAGCGAGAGAGAAAAGGAUACAAAGUAGUGGUCGGAGACAUGGAGGGGAGUUGCAGUGAGAUUAGUAGAAGAACAGCAUCUAGUAAAGAUGAGGUCAAGCGUAUUGCCUGCCUUGUGAGGAGGGGGGGACGGUGAGAGGGUGAGGUCAAAAGAGGAGAGGAGUGGAAAGAAGGAGGCAGAGAGAAAUGAGUCAAAGGUAGACGUAGGGAGGUUGAAGUCCCCCAGAACUGUGAGGGGUGAGCCAUCCUCAGGAAAGGAACUUAUCAAGACGUCAAGCUCAUUGAUGAACUCUCCAAGGGAACCUGGAGGGCGAUAAAUGACAAGGAUGUUAAGCUUAAAUGGGCUAGUGACUGUGACAGCAUGGAAUUCAAAUGAGGAGAUAGACAGAUGGGUCAGGGGAAAAAUAGAGAAUGUCCACUUGGGAGAGAUGAGGAUUCCUGUGCCACCACCCCGCUGACCAGAUGCUCUCGGGGUAUGCGAGAACACAUGGUCAGACGAGGAGAGAGCAGUAGGAGUAGCAGUGUUUUCAGUGGUAAUCCAUGUUUCCGUCAGCGCCAAGAAGUCGAGGGACUGGAGGGUAGCAUAGGCUGAGAUGAACUCUGCCUUGUUGGCAGCAGAACGGCAGUUCCAAAGGCUGCCUGAGACCUGGAACUCCACGUGGGUGGUGCGUGCAGGGACCACCAGGUUAGAGAGGCAGCAGUCACGCGGUGUGAGGUGUUUGUAUAGCCUGUGCGGAGAGGAGAGAACAGGGAUAGACAGAGGCAUAGUUGACAGGCUACAGAAAAUGGCUACAAUAAUGCAAAGGAGAUCGGAAUGAAAUUAACUAAACAUCUGGGAAAGGAGAGAGCGGGGCCUCCCUCACCACAACACCCAACUUCCACCUCAGAAACUAUAAUUGUUGUAAACUACAGCGGUUCAAUGUUUUCUAGGAAUAGACUAACUUAGUUUAUUCAGCUAGCUAACUUGGUACAGUAUUCUUCCGUGAAAAUCUUCCAGGACACCUAGUCAUAAGACGCCACAGCCAGCUAGCAUGCCAGACUCCAACAACACGGUUUAGCACCAAUACUCGGCCACAACAAACCACCAGUAUGUCAACACGCCAAGCAGAUCAUUAGUGUCCGUGUCUAACGUUGUGGGUUAGUCCCGACAGCUUGAGCGAGUUCGACGUCAACUUAUUCAGCCAGUUAGUUAGCUAGAAUAGUUAGCAUACUAGCUAGCCAUUGCUUUCAGAUAAAGAAGAAACCCCUCCUUUCACGGCACGAACACACAGAGAGAGCCAAGCUAACGUUAACUAGUCACCCAUGUCCCGAAUUCCCUUGAACGACUCUGGCUACCAAUAUGUAAAAACAAAACAUAAAUGUAGGUUAUAACUUACUACUGUUAGCUAGCCAAGUGCAAAGCUAGCCACUGAAUUGACUCAGCCAGUUCGCGUCUGUUUGCUAGGUCGUUCCAGCUAUUGUUUACUAGUAGCUAUCCAGGUAGCAACAAGCUAGCUAAAUUUCAAGCACAAUAGCCACUUACUACCUAACGUUAACGCUUCAGACAAUGAGGUUAGAAACAGCUGAAUGGUAGGCAUUAAUGUAUGUAAUUAUUGUAGGCAGCCAGCUGGCUUAAUUACAGUCACUCUCAGGCGUGAAACAACUAUCCACCGUUGCUAAUAGUUGCCAGUAGCUACCCGCUAGCUAGUCCAGGUAGUGGGUUAGCUAGCUAGCUUCGUGCUUCACCGGGCUCAGUCGAAUACAAUACUAACCUACAAUAAUUACAUACAACAACCCACGAUAACUACCUACAAUACCUAACUACAAUCUAAAUACAUAGUUUAAGCUUUACUCGACAAAGCCCAAACUAUGUAUAAAGCCAAGCUUACCUCCCGCCAGAGAGAGACACAACCUCACCCGACGACCUCCUGCUGGUAAAGUACUUAAGAUCAGGUGUGCUACUUAAGGUGUGCUACUUAAGAUCAGGUGUGCUACUGCUAUUAGAAACAGAGUAGGAUCCUACUGACAUAGGCCUGAUCCAUUACUAAUGAUUUAGGCCUGUCUUAUCAGAUUCUCAGACAUUUUAUGAUACGUUUUUUUUGUUGUUGUUGAUGAGCGGUGUGUAGUCUCUCCUUGCUCUCUCAUUCUUCCAUUCUCUCCUCUUUUGAUCCCCCCUUCUCUGCCUCACCUUCAGAUGCUGUAGUGAAGCUGCAUACCAUCAUAGAGGACUAUGGUUCCACCUGCCCUCAGGGCUACAAGAGACUCAACAGCACCCACUGUCAAGGUAGCAUGAACAUACUGCCUCUCCCCUGACUGAUUCAACCCACAUCAGGAGGAUGUAUCAAACAAUAGAUAAUUUACACACACGUUUUAACACAUUUUGUUUGGUACGCAUUUGGUAUGCCUGGUAUGAGUGUAAAACUUUGCCCAUUUGCUUCACUAAUGUGAGGAGAAAAAAGCCAAUCCUCACUUUCUCUCUCUCCCCCAACUCUUUCUUUGUCUCUCACCUGUAAGACAUCAACGAGUGCACCAUGCAGGGGGUGUGUCAGAACGGAGAAUGCCUGAACACCCAGGGUAGUUUCCUGUGUGCCUGUAAGCCUGGCUUCACCCUGGACAGGACUAGAUGUGUGGGUGAGACUCAGAAUCUCCUCCAGUCAGACCUGCUCUCCACACAACUCUGCAUUCACUCAGCACAGCCAUAUCACUUUCAGUAGCAGCAGCACUAUACACUAUACAUCCUCUCCUCACGUGUGUGAAGAUUAAUUAUUGUGGGGUUUUCAUUUCUUGGCAAUGGAGUGGUCAAGUGGUGACCUCAGCACCUGAUAGGUAGAUGAGCUGAAUAUGUUUCACAUCCAUAAAGCUGUCACCAAAGCAGACAACUAGCCUUUUAUGUCCCCAUAUUUAGUACAGUGUUUUCACACAUCCAUUAUGUCCUUACUUAAAAUGCCACAUCUGAAAUAAUAGAAAUGUCAUGUGAUUUUCCCUUCAAGAAACAGCACUACCCUUACUGACCUCUUCUGUCAGCCUAAUGUCCUAACUCCAACCUCUGUUGUGUUUUGCUCUCUUCUGAUUGGUCCUGGCUGUCAGAGUCUCCGUCUCCGGUGGAGCAGGGUCAGUGUUUCCUCAUAGUAACAGAGGCGGGUCGCUGUGAGCACGCCCUACCCACGUCCCUGUCCCAGGAGAUGUGCUGCUGCACCGUGGGCAAAGCCUGGGGCUCCAACUGUGAGAGGUGUCCCCAAGAUGGCACGGGUCAGUGUGAUGCUAGAGUAGGAGAGUGGGGGUCGGUUUCUAGUAUUUGACAGGUCAGAUGCUGUAUGAUUAGUGCUCAUCUCAUCCCCUCUUGUCUUUCCACCUCUAUUCCUCUCUCCCUGGUCCCCCAGCCUCCUUCAGUAAGAUUUGUCCAGCAGGGAAGGGCUACUUCUUCCAUAAUGUCCGGGAGACGGUGGCGUUCCCACCUCAGAUCCACACCAGCCUGGAGCAGGUCCCCCUCAAGCCUGACAAGAGCCACAAGAAAGACAGUGAGUCACUGUGGCUUCCCCCAGGAAGUAGAUGAAGGGUGGACAUGAUUACCUUUGUCCGCCUGCCAACAGAUGUACUUCAUUCUGGAUUCACUUAGUCACUUAGACCGAUGCGAUUGCUAAGCUUGUGAGAGAAUGCAGUCGGGCUAUUGGGGGAUGCCUCCAUAUUACUGGGACUUUAGAGUGCUUAAAAAUCUAAUCACAUGUGCCGAAUACAACAGGUGUAGACCUUACUGUGAAAUGCUUACUUAAAAGACCUUAACCAACAAUGCAGUUUUAAGAAAAAUAAGAGUUAAGAAAAUAUUUACUAAAUAAACAAAAGUUUGAAAAAGUAACACAAUAAAAUAACAAUAACGAGGCUAUAUACAGGGGGUACUGGUACCGAGUCAAUGUGUGGGGAUACAGAUUAGUCGAGGUAAUUGAGGUAAUAUGUACAUGUAGGUAAGGGUAAAGUGACUAAAUUCAUCAUCUGUAAAUGAAAAUGGAUAAUUAUUCAGUAUUUUGACCUGUUUUUCUCUGUGUGUUCUCCUUUUCAGAAGUCAAGCCCCCGGUAAGAAACUAUUUUCCUUUAGACACCAGUCAUUAUGCGAGAGACUGUGUGUCCGCAGCUCCUCUUAGACAUGUCUGUGUCUCUGUCCCCUUUCCUGUAGGAGGAGCCUCCAGAGACAACCACACCCAUGCAGCUGUCUCCCAUCAGCACCCACGGCCCCCGUGUCCCUGGUACGCCUCUCAUUCCUUUAUUCUUUAUUUCACUUGUAUUCAUCCAGAAAGUCCUAUUAGGGUCAAGAGAGCCCAUUUGCUAGGGAAACCUGUUGAUAUUCAGGGAGACAUGGGGCAUUGAUUGGGUCUGUCUGUUUCUCUGGUUGGUCCCAAAGUGAUCAUCACCAAGCCCACCCAUCCGCCCAUCAUUAGGUUGAACCCAGGCAGUGACCCCCUGGAGGUGGCACAGACGCAGGUCUCACGUGAGUUCCACUACACAAUCUAAUCAAAACUAUUAUCAGCCUAUUAACUCUCAGCUUAUAGCUGCAGUGUUGUUGUCAUCAUGAUGGGAUGUUCAGUACAGAGAUCAACUGUCUUAGGUAGAUUGCUGUGUGUCCCCUCCCCACAGCAGAGACAGACGAGUGCAGGCUGAACAGGAACCUCUGUGGCCAUGGGGAGUGUGUCAACGUGCACACUGGCUACAAGUGUGAGUGCUAUGCUGGCUACCGGCUCCACCCUCAGAGGAACGCCUGUGUGGGUAAGUCAAGGGACAGGAUAGGGGCAUGGCCAAAGGGAUGGGAGGGAUUUACUGGGUAAAGAUUUUGGCACUCUAUAUCCAAAAAGUUCAAUUGUGACCGACCGGCUCGAUUCGGUCUUAUGUAGCAACAUUUGAAAUGUUGUUUUUUACAUUGGAUAAAAGUAAAUGGUAUAUCAUAUACUACAGUUGAGGAACAAUGGGAAAGUAAUUCUGCUUUGAAAGUUGAUGAAUUUGUAACCCCACUUUUGAGAAAAUGACCCUUGAAUGUUUUGGUACACGUUCUGGAGAGCUCUUCUUUGUCUACACCCAUUCAGUAUCGUUCACACCCUCUUAAGCCUUAGCCCCACCCAUCUCCUUAAGGAUUCACAUGCAUGACAUCAGCAGCCUGGUGGUCCAAAAUAGCAUAACUGGUAUAUUUUAACACCAAUAAACCCAUCCGUUUAAAAAUGAAUUUAGUAUAUGUAAAUCUAGCAAACCAGGCAACUAAAAGCAAAACAUUUUUGUUUGUAAUUUUUACCCCCUUUUUCACCCCAAUUUCAUGAUUACAAUCUUGUCUCAUCGCUGCAAUUCCCCAACGGGCUCAGGAGAGGCAAAGGUUGAGUCAUGUGUCCUCCAAAACAUGACCCACCAAACUGCGCUUUUUAACACCCACUCGCUUAACCCGGAAGCCAGCUGCACCUUUGUGUCAGAGGAAACACUGUUCAACUGACGACCGAAGUCAGCCUGCAGGCGCCCGGCCCACCACAAGGAGAACGCGAUGAGCCAAGUACCCCCGGCCAAACCCUCCCCUAACCCGGACGGCGCUGUGCGCUGCCCUAUGGGACUCUCGGUCACGGCUGGAAAUGACACAGCCUGGGAUCAAACCCCAGGCUGUAGUGAUGCCGCAACACUGCGAUGCACUCGGGAGGCCUACUAAAAGCAACUUUCUAAACAAUGUUUUGGUUAGUUUCUAGCUUGUUAGCUAGCUAGCUAACAUUAAGUUAGCUGGCUAACCAGUUCAAAUAAUGACCAUAUUAUAUAGCUGACAACGUCUUAACUUUAGCUAAUUUGUAUUCAUUAUUACAGGAAAAUAAACUCACUACAAGAUCAUUAUUUACAGGUUAAUGGCAAGCUAAUUACAGAAAAUAGCUUACGGUUGUGAGUGUGACUAAAUAAAACCAUUCUACUGGAGAAUUUUAGAACUUGGACACUGUCUUGUUGGUCUAACGUUAUAUCAUAAUUGGACGUUGGUGCAGGUCAUGUUGUUCUUCACAUUACCGUCUCUGGUAAACACACACUAUAUCAAAUAAAAUCAAAGUUUAUUUGUCACAUGCACAGGAUACAGAAGGUGUAAACGGUACAGUGAAAUGGUACCUUGCAUAGUGGAGUCUUUUGUUUAGACAAUGAAGCAUAAUCCCAACUCAUAACGUUACUACCCUGCAUGAAUCUGCAGGUAGCUAACCAACUAAAUUCAAUGUUAGCUAGCUAGCUAACAUUAGGCUAUAACUAGUAAUGCAAAUGGCUCUGAGAUAUGAAUACUCUUACUACACAGAUCAUACAUGUAAAGUUAGCUAGCGAGCCAGCCAGCUAACGUUAGCUAGCUAGCUAACAGUACGCUUUAACUUGCAAUGAAAAUGACUUUCGGACAGAAUUUGAAACAUAUAAUAUCUGAUAAUGUAGCUAGCUCUCUUACCCGUAUACAUGGAUGAACGCUUCUCCAUCUCUGUCAUGGAUGCCAUAUAUGCAUCUGUAAUCUGGAGACAGGUGUUUUAUACAACAGCCUUCUGUGUGUUCUCUUUUCAACUCCCUCCGCAUAUUUGCAAUCAAACGGCAGAAUUUUCUCCAUCUCCUUAGCUAUCAUACUCUGCUUCCACCGGGCAUUCCACUGAUUUCAAAACUCUGUCCUCCAGAAAGUGGAGAGCAACACUUUUGCAGUUAUUUGUGAUAUAUUUUUUAAAAACCUGCGUUCGAAAGGAUUACCUACACAUACUGAGCAGCCCUUUGUUAUAGACAGAAGCGUGCUACAUGGCAGACCAAUCCGAACUCAUCUCUCGGCAUGUCCAGCCCAUCCAUUAUCUCAUGGCUAGCGGGAAGGUUCCUGUCUUUUUCCGUGGCUAAACCAACUAGGCUCGUAAUUUAACAAUUGUAUUCGUAUUUACAGAUGGUAUACAAUUUUGUUAUUAAGGCACAUGAAAGGUCACAUUCCAGAAUGCAUUUCUGCCAAAAAACGCAUUUUGCUAAAAAAUGUAUGUUUACGUUCAAAUGCAUUUCCUGUGAAGUAGUGAUGCGUGACAUAUGCCUAGUUUCCUGAAACUAGUCAAAUCAAAUCAAAUCAAAUUUUAUUUGCCACAUGUGCCGAAUACAACAGGUGUAGACAUUACCAUGAAAUGCUUACUUACAGCCCUUAACCAACAAUGCAUUUAUUUUUUUAAUAAAAAAGUAAAAUAAAACAACAACAACAAAAAGUGUUGAGAAAAAAAGACCAAAAGUAAAAUAAAAUAACAGUAGGGGGGCUAUAUACAGGGGGGUACCGGUGCAGAGUCAAUGUGCAGGGGCACCGGCUAGUUGAGGUAGUUGAGGUAAUAUGUACAUGUGGGUAGAGUUAAAGUGACUAUGCAUAAAUAAUUAACAGAGUAGCAGCAGCGUAAAAAGAUGGGGUGGGGGUGGGGGGGCAGUGCAAAUAGUCUGGGUAGCCAUGAUUAGCUGUUCGGGAGUCUUAUGGCUUGGGGGUAGAAGCUGUUGAGAAGCCUUUUGGACCUAGACUUGGCGCUCCGGUACCGCUUGCCGCUCCUCUGACACCGCCUGGUAUAGAGGUCCUGGAUGGCAGGAAGCUUGGCCCCAGUGAUGUACUGGGCCGGACGCACUACCCUCUGUAGUGCCUUGCGGUCGGAGGCCGAGCAGUUGCCAUACCAGGCGGUGAUGCAACCAGUCAGGAUGCUCUUGAUGGUGCAGCUGUAGAAUAUUUUGAGGAUCUGAGGACCCAUGCCAAAUCUUUUCAGUCUCCUGAGGGGGAAUAGGCUUUGUCGUGCCCUCUUCACGACUGUCUUGGUGUGUUUGGACCAUGAUAGUUUGUUGGUGAUGUGGACACCAAAGAACUUGAAGCUCUCAACCUGUUCCACUACAGCCCGUCGAUGAGAAUGGGGGCGUGCUCAGUCCUCUUUUUUUCCUGUAGUCCACAAUCAUCUCCUUUGUCUUGGUCACGUUGAGGGAGAGGUUGUUAUCCUGGCACCACACGGCCAGGUCUCUGACCUCCUCCCUAUAGGCUGCCUCAUCGUUGUCGGUGAUCAGGCCUACCACUGUUGUGUCGUCGGCAAACUUAAUGAUAGUGUUGGAGUCGUGCCUGACCAUGCAGUCAUGGGUAAACAGGGAGUACAGGAGAGGACUGAGCACGCACCCCUGAGGGGCCCCCGUGUUGAGGAUCAGCGUGACAGAUGUGUUGUUACCUACCCUUACCACCUGGGGGCGGCCCGUCAGGAAGUCCAGGAUCCAGUUGCAGAGGGAGGUGUUUAGUCCCAGGAUCCUUAGCUUAGUGAUGAGCUUUGAGGGCACUAUGGUGUUGAACGCUGAGCUGUAGUCAAUUGAACUUGCGUGUUAAUUCUCUAAAGGAGUUGUAACCUCCCAAUUCUCUAAACUUCCAAGUUAUCCCUCUCUGCCAGAUGAUGAUGAAUGUGACGCUGAGCCAUGUGGCCACAGCAGAGGAAUCUGCAUCAACACAGAAGGCUCCUACCGCUGCCGCUGUCUCCAUGGCUACAAGCUCCUGGUGUACCAUGGGAAGCUCAGGUGUAUAGGUGAGUGGUGUGGUGUGGUGUGGGUUCAAUUGUUCAAAUGUUAUCUUUUAGUCUUCACAUUGUGGGAUUUCUCAUGAGGGUGUUUUGAACUUAUCUUUAGAUGUGAAUGAGUGCUCCAAGCCUGACAUCUGUGGGCAGGGGGGUCAGUGUGUUAACCUGCCAGGGUCCUACAAGUGUGAGUGUCAGAAAGGCUUCAGGAGCAAGUCACAACGCCAGCCAGCCUGUGAAGGUAAGAGCUGCAUCUGUUGCCCUUAUAUUCCUUUGUGUGUGUACGUACAGUAUAUGUAUAUGUGUCCGCAUUGGUUUAAUAAUGUUUAUGUGUGUCUGUGUUUGUCUCAUAUCUGUGUUUGUCUCUAAUGUCUCAGAUAUAAAUGAGUGUCUGGACCCCAGCAGCUGUCCCAAUGAGCAGUGUGAGAACAUCCCAGGCUCCUAUGAGUGUGUUCCCUGCUCAACUGGUCACCAGGCCCAGGAUGGGGUCUGCUACGGUGAGAGCCAAUAACUUUAUGUAUGCAUACUAAAGAGAACACACACCAAUCAACUAUUUGUAUCACCUAUAACUCAGUGGCGGUCAGUGCCAUUUAAGAUGAGGAGGACAAUUUUUUUUUCAUGAGCAUGGCCUUAUUUCUAUUACAGCAUAUUGGAUGACUCUCACUCAUAUUCCAUUCACCCAGUUCAAUGUAACAGUGAUAGGUUUAGGCUACUACAUGAUACAAAAAUUUUCCCUAUACCCAUCAUGAGGUUGCUACAACCUAGCCUAUGAAUGAAAGUUUACAACGUAGCUACACACAGGUCGAGAGACAAAUUUGAGGUCACAGAUAGUGACACAUGGACAGACAGUGACAUUCAAUACCGCCUUGCACACUCUUGCCUGCAUCUAGCUGAUAUAGGGUGUAAUCAUUAGUCCAACAGUUGCAAACAAGAGUUUCUAUUGGACAAAUUCAGAUGUUUAUCCCCGUUUUGUUCCGUUUGCUUCCGUUGAAGAAACAUUUUUCAACAGAAUCGGUGGAAUUAAUACACCCCUGAUCACGCGUAAACACAGUUAACUUUCAUAGCAGCCACUUUGUAUUCCUUGUCGCUCUCCUCCUCUCACCUCUUCCCUUUGCUUGUGGACUUCAAUGCACAACACAUCAGCUGUAUGUGACCAGGCGAAAAAACCUUUCCAAGCCAAACCACUACAUACAGCCUACAUCGUUGUCACCAUAUUAGCUAAAGUAAGGUCAUAGUCAGCAUAGCUAAUAGAACUAACAUUUUACAUUUUUGUAAUUUAGCAGACGCUCUUAUCCAGAGCGACUUACAGUAGUGAGUUCAUAAAUAUUCAUACUUUUUUCGUACUGAUCCCCCGUGGGAAUCAAACCCACAACCCUGGUGUUGCAAGUGCCAUGCUCUACCAACUGAGCCACACGGAAUGCUUUAGUAAACCUGCUACAAUUAUGAAGUAACGUUACAGUAUACAGUCAGUAAGCAGUUACCCCGGCGAUCCCCGGUGGCAAUAAAUUAGUAAUACCAAAAGCUUACCUUGACUUGAAAGAGUUCCAGUGUUGUGUUGGAAAGUCAUAGCCAGCUAGCUAAUAUAGCAUCCCUCUGUUUGAGCAGGGUGUUUCAGUAGGCUACACUAGCUAGCUGCAUUUGCUAGCUAAGUAAGUGAAACUGAAAGUGAAAUAAACUGACAAUCUCUCUCUCUCUCUAUUUCCCUUUUGCUUCUCCUUCAUUUUGGAAGAUCUUUAUUUGUUCAAAACUGUUCAACUAUUGUCUUUCUCUCUUUGAUUCAACUACUCACCACAUGUUAUACACUGCAGUGCUAGCUAGCUGUAGCUUAUGCUUUCAGUACUAGAUAAUUCUAUGAUCCUUUGAUUGGGUGGACAACAUGUCAGUUCAUGCUGAAAGAGCUCUGAUAGGCUGGAAGACGUCCUCUGGAAGUUGUCAUAAUUACUGUGUAAGUCUAUGGAAGGGGGUGAGAACCAUGAGCCUCCUAGGUUUUGUAUUGAAGUCAAUGUACCCAGAGGAGGACGGAAGCUAGCAGUCCUCCGGCUACACCAUGGUGCUACCCUACAGAGUGCUGUUGAGGCUACUGUAGACCUUCUUUGCAAAAUAGUUUGUUUUAAUCAAUUAUUUGGUGACGUGAUUAUAUUUAGUAUAGUUUUAUCUAAAAAUGAUAACUUUGUAAAUGUUUUGCAAUUUUACGUUUUAUGAAAUUCACUGAGGAGGAUGGUACUCCCCUUCGUCCUCUGAGGAGCCUCCAUAACUGCUAUAACUAUCUAUCUCACUGUUGUAUAUAUGUGCCUCCCGAGUGGCGCAGUGGUCUAAGGCACUGCAUCGCAGUGCUAGCUGUGCCACUAGAGAUCCUGGUUAGAAUCCAGGCUCUGUCGUAGCCGGCCGCGACCGGUAGACCCACGGGGCGGCGCACAAUUGGCCCAGGGUAGGGGAGGGAUUGGCCGGCAGGGAUGUAGCUCAGUUGGUAGAGCAUGGCGUUUGCAACGCCAGGGUUGUGGGUUCGUUUCCCACGGGGGGCCAGUAUGAAAAACUACACUCACUAACUGUAAGUCGCUCUGGAUAAGAGCGUCUGCUAAAUGACGUAAAUGUAAAUGUUAUACCUUUUCUAACUUGAGCCAUUACAUUUGGUGAUGUAUUGCCACCUAGUGGCCAUGCUACCAUAGUUGGCAUUACUAAGAGGAUAGUCAUAAUGGAAACAGUGAUAGCAAGUCAAAUCAGCAAUUAGAAUAUUGAAUCUGAACAUUCAAUAUGUUGAUCUUCCCCAGUUAGUUUUGUCUGAACCAUGACAUUGAAGGUAUUCACUAUUCAGAGCUGUGUGUGAUGUAGAGAAUGGAUUUGAUCAGUCAUAGUCAGUAAAUCAGCCAGAGGGAGUCUGCCCCAGACACACAGGGCCAGCAGGCAGGAUGCCAACAGGCACUGGGCCAGUCCAGAGCUAGUAUUCCUCUGUAUGACUGACUGUUUCCAUCCCUCCCCUACUCCACCCCUACCCCCUGCAACCCCUCUACCUCUCCACUAGAUGUCAAUGAGUGCCAGAAGCGCGGUGUGUGUCCGAACGGGCGCUGUGAGAACCUCCCAGGAACCUACCGCUGCCUCUGUAACGAGGGCUUCCUCCCAGCAGCAGACAGCAAAGACUGCAGAGGUCAGUGCACUGAUUAAUGUUAAAUAGAAUAUAUCUUAGUGCUGCACAGACACUAUUAUAUGCUUGCAGACUUGCAGUGGUGUAGUGGUUACCAGUAUUUCUGCACAAUAUUGAAAAAAGAGAACUAGGUAGCCUAGCGGUUAGAGAGUUGAGCCAGCAUCCAGACAGUUGCCAGUUCGAUAUCCCGGGUACGACGGGAAAAAUCUGUCAUGAAGUGAGCUCGCAACCGGAGGGUUGCUGGUAUCAAAUCCUAGAUGCAAUUUCCUGCCAUUGUGCCUUUGAGCAAGGCACUUAACACCAACAGCUCCUCUGGCUCCCAGUGUGGCAGACCCCUGCACCUCUCCAAAACCUGCAUAUGUACUGUAUGUGUAUGCAUAUGUGUCUUUCGGAGGGGUUGGGUUAAAAGUAAAAUUUCGGUUGGACAUUGGGUGCAAUUGACCAAUAACGUGAUCUUAUUAUUUUAAUGGGUAUACAGGUUCUAUUGACAGGCUGCAUGUGUCUCCUCCUCUCUCCCCUCCAGACAUUGACGAGUGUGAGGAUGACAGACUGUGUGCCAACGGGCGCUGUGUCAACACAGAAGGCUCCUUCCAGUGCCAGUGCUACCCAGGAUACCAGCGUACUCAGGAGGGCAGCCAUUGUGAAGGCAGGAGCUACCUCUUAUUACUCACUAUAGCUUAAUUGUUACAACAUUAUUACACUACUAGUGAAGUAUGAGUAAUAUGUUCACUGCAUAGGCAGCACAUACGUUUCAGAUUUGGGGAAGCUAUUUGUUUACCAUAAACAUUUUCCUUUAUAAUAAUGCAUUGCAUGCAUCUAUCAUCACAUUUGCAGACGAAAGCAAUAUAUUCCUAGUGUGAUAAGUACCUAGAUUGGGUAGUCAUAAGUAAUGUUAGGUUAUUAAUAUAACUCAAUCACUGUUCGCCAGUGCUUGACUUGGGCAGGAGCUCACCGGAACUGAAUACCCCCCCCCCCUUGUGAUUUAAAACAAUCCACAGCAAAACAUUUUAAAGAUACAAAUGAACCUCUGUGGCUCAAUCAUGUUUUCUGGUGUAGUAUUUUGAAUUAUUUUAUUUAUUUCUGUAUAGGCAGAAGUAAUUAUAUAUAUUUUUGGCAAAUGUAAUUCAAUUUACUUUAAGGGAAGCUUAGCUUCCCCUAGCCUAUUGGGUACGCCGCCUAUGGUUCACUGUAUAGAGCUGCUGAUCAAAUACAUGGCCGCUGUUUGAUCGUUCUUUUCCUCCCUCAGAUGUAAAUGAAUGUGAGCGUCCCUCUAACUGCCAGAGGGGGCGCUGUAUCAACAGCAUGGGAUCCUACCGCUGUGAAUGUCAGAAGGGUUACAUGCUGGUCGGAGGGAGGCGGUGCCAAGGUCAGUCUGUCUCCACCCUCUCCAUGAGUUUCAGGGAGAUAAAUCAUUAGUGUUAACCAUUCUGGCAGUUGAGCUCUGUAACCAGUGGAAACUGUCAUAAUUCAAGCUUAAUGGAAGUCAUGAGGAUUGUAGCAGAUGUUUGUAACACAUUCUCCCUCUCCCUCUCUCUCGUUCCCACCCAGACAUAGAUGAGUGUGCGACAGACAGGGGUCUGUGUCAGCCUCAUGGUGUCUGUGAGAACAGACAGGGCUCCUAUGUGUGUGUGUGCAAAGACGGCUUCAUCCUGUCUGAGGACAAGCACAGCUGUGAGGGUAAGAUUUCUGAUAUCCUCUCAUCCCUCUCUCCAUAUAGCUAUAUUCUACAUGUACACACACACACACACACACACACACACACACACACACACACACACACACACACACACACACACACACACACACACACACACAGUCACACACUCCAAUCUAUUUCCUCUCUGCCCCUCCAGAGAUUGAGGUAGACGUGGAGGAUAAGAAGGAGUGUUACCUGAACCUGGAUGACACAGUGUUCUGUGACAGUGUCCUGGCCACCAACGUCACCAAGCAGGAGUGCUGCUGCUCCAUCGGUGUGGGCUGGGGAGACCACUGUGAGAUCUACCCCUGCCCCGUCUACCACUCAUGUACGUACCUCAGGCCCAACACAGGGGUUAAAGCGAUGACAUAGCCUAAUAUAGUCAGAAGCAUGUCUGUUCAACGAAAUAUAUUUCCAAAUAAAUGUAUUCUCAAAUAUUUUAUUUUCUCUGUUAGAUGUGUGCACUGAACUGACAUACAUGAUUGUUGAUGACACCCCGAUGUUCUGAUGAAGGGAAUAAAUAGUCUAUAAUGAGCACCACAGCAGUGGUCAAUUCAGACAGCAGUGUGAAGCCUACUGUAGCUGCUGGAAAGUAAAUCAAAGCCAAUACUUUAUCACUCAGGAUGUAACUUUCCAGUGCUACUAUUUUUGCCAUGUAAUGUUGUUAUUAAAACAAAACCAGACAACCACAUAGUAGAAUAGUUUGCCUAUUUACCUAGUUGGCUUUUUGUUAUGUGUUCUAUGCCAGAUAAAUAUAUCUCAAGGCAACCUGGUCUCAGAGCAUUUUGUAUUAUUUUGUAAGUAAAUCUGAGAAAAGCAAUUUAGUGUGAUAUGUUAUGUUUCGUAUGGUAUGUAUUCAUUUGUGGAUGUCCAUCACCCAUAUCGUAUGAAAUGUUAUGAAUUAAAAUUCGUAUUAUAUGUUACGAAUUUACAAAACAUACAAUAUGUUAUGAAUUUGCAAAACAUAUGACAUAUUAUUAAUUCUAGCAAGGUGGCUAGGUGGCUAAUGUUAGCUAGGCUAGGGGUUGGGGUUAGGGUUAGGGUUAAGGUUAGGGGACGGGUUAGCUAAAAGGGUUAAGGUUAGGGGAAGUAGUUGCAAAGUAGCUAAAAAUGUGUAAGUAGUUGAAAAGUUGCUAAUUGGCAAAAAAUAUUAAAGUUGUCCAUGAUGAGAUUCAAUGUCGCAACCUUUGGGUUCACGUUAUACGCCCACCCAUCUACCCCGACCAACCACCCUACUUUCGUUUUUUGACUUAAGUAGCCGCCUGUCUUAUGUAACCAUACCAAAUGUAACAUAUCAUAUUAAUUUGGUUUCAUAGAUAUACAUUUACUAUGUUACGUCUAGUCUAUGAGACCAGGCUGCUCGAGGCGCAUUCAAGUUGCAAGCAGUCAAUGCACAACAAUUCUUAAUGCAAUUGCAGGAAAACACUUUUAAAAGCAGUUUUGGCAAAUGUACUUUGAAAGCAGUUUUGUCCUUUGUGGAAAAAAAAGUGGGAGAUCCCAGUUUUACACUUCUACCAUGUUUAUUUCUCUACUCCUUCAAUUGCGAGUGUGGCAUCAUUUUACAAAUACAGUUUUACAUUACAACCUGAGUAUCAAGCAUGGUUUAGGGAAGCUGCGCAACAGAGCUCUUAAAGGGGCAAGUUGUCUUAAAAGGGAAAUUACAUACUUUGUAAUAGAAACAAAAAAUAUAUAUCAUUUUUUGUGUGAAUAAUAAUUAUUUAUAUAUUCGUAUUUAUAAUAAAAUAAUAAAAAUUAAUAAUAAUAACAAUCAGGAUGUUGUGUCCAAUGGGGUAAAUGCAGAUGGAUAAACCCCAUGCUUCAGCCUAUGUGCAUUUUAUAGCCACUAUCCUUCAUCAGUUGGGUUAUAGGUUAUUAUGCUUAUUGCUAAUAGCACAUCUGAUAAUAUAGACCAUGCAUAGGCUAUAUGCAUGGUCCAAUAUGUUAAAAUCAUUUUUACAUAAUUUUUACAAAUUUUAUUGGGCCCAUUUCUGGAGGUGGAAAUUACAUUUUAUACUGAACAAAAAUAUAAAUGCAACAUGUAAAAUGUUGGUCCCAUGUUUCAUGAGCUGAAAUAAAAGAUCCCAGAAAUGUUCCAUACGCACAAAAAGCAUUUUUUUAUUGUGAACAAAUUUGUUUACAUUUGUAUUUUACUUACAGACUUACAGUUAGUGAGUGCAUACAUUUUCAUACUGGCCCCCCGUAGGAAACGAACCCACAACCCUGGCGUUGCAAGCACCAUUCUCUACCAACUGAGCUACAGGGGACAUCCCUGUUAGUGAGCAUUUCUCCUUUGCCAAGAUAAUCCAUCCACCUGACAGGUUUGGCAUAUCAAGAAGCUGAUUAAACAGCAUGAUCAUUACACAGGUGUCCCUUGUGCUGGAGACAAUAAAAGGCUACUCUAAAAUGUGCAGUUUUGUCACACAACAUAAUGCCACAGAUGUCUCAAGUUUUGAGGAAGCGUGCAAUUGGCAUACUGACUGCAGGAAUGUCCAACAGAGCUGUUGCCAGAUAACUGAAUGUUAAUUUAUCUACCAUAAGCCUCCUCCAAAGUUGUUUUGAGAAUUUGGCAGGACUAUUUCUGUCUGUAGUAAAGCCCUUCUGUAGGGAAAAACAAAUUCUGAUUGGCUGGUCCUGGCUCCCCAGUGGGUGGGCCUGGCUCCCAAGUGCCCUCCCAGGCCCGUUUUUUUUCUGUUCAGUAUAUAUGGUGUCAACUAUAUGGUGUCAACAAAGCAAGAGGACUGGAAUUGGUGAAACUCGCAGUUUAAUACAUGUACAAAAUUAUUAUCUUUGCCUAAAAGCAUUAUGGUCAUGACUUUCUUACAUGAAAGGGGAGGUUAACUUGGCCCCAGACAAUCGAUGUGAGUGAAGUUUCAGUCAUCUGAUUUUUUGGGGGGCUUUUACCCCUGGACCAACAACAUACACACUAGUUUAACAAACCAUCAAGUGGGCUGGGGGUCAGUUCAGUUAUUUGAGCUGUUCAAUGUCAUUCAUUGAUUACUAAAAGCAGGUGAAUUAAGUGAAUAGGUAAAGUGUGAUAAGUACAUUGUUUAAUUGAUUUCCUGUUUUUCCCUCAACCAGCUGAGUUCCACUCCCUGUGUCCAGUGGGCAGAGGUUUCUACCAUGAGGAGGGAGUAACUGACUAUGGCCUGUCUGUCCACAGAGGUGAGUAGCUACACAACCACAACCCAACACUGUAGGUUUGCUGUUAUCUGAUUUACAGCAUUCAUUUACAUGACAGUAUUUGUUCUCAGGGGGAGUUUGUUUGUGUUGAAAUCUGUGUUCCUGUCCCUCUGUGUACAGAUAUCGAUGAGUGUGUGCUGUUCUCCAAUGAGAUCUGUAAGGAGGGCCGCUGUAUGAACACACAGCCUGGCUAUGAAUGUUACUGCCAACAGGGCUUCUACUACGACAGCAACCUACUGGAGUGCAUCGGUAACCCACCAGAGACCCACCUGCCUGCACCAAAACACACCUCUAUUUCAUUACAUACGAAUACACAUCAGAUAUCCCAUUUAGUCACAGAUCCUCUAUGUUAAUGUGUCUUCUCCUCAGAUGUGAAUGAGUGCCACGACGAGUCUCUGUGUACCAACGGUCAGUGUAAGAACACCAGAGGCUCCUUCUACUGCACCUGUAAGUCCCCCUGGAUCUACGAAGCCUCCAAUAAGAAGUGUGUCAUCCCCACGGUGGCAGGUGAGAUCUGGGUAGAGCCCUCUACUAUACAUACUGUACCCGCAUCCGCACACACAGGGAGGUACAGUACAGUAUAGGCCAUAGAAGAGGACUGGUGUUAAGUCAGCAGUGUGUUUGUGUUGUUGCAGGUGUGGAUGAGUGCCAGGACUCGUUGAACUGUAAGAAUGGCCACUGUGUGGACACCCCUGGAUCCUACUACUGUAUCUGCUCUCCCCCCUGGAUACUGGCCACCGACCGCAACAGCUGUGUGACCCCAGAGGAGCAGGCUGGUGAGUGGAGGAGAGGGUACUGCUGUCCUUAGCAGGGAAGGAGGUGGGUUCAGGAAGCUCAGGAUGGAUGACUGGAAGGUGGUGGUGUUGUGAGAGAGGCUGGGCAGUCUAGUUCACAGUGGGUUGGUUCUCAGGGGUGGCUGUGUGUAUGAAGGUUGAAUGAGAUCAUGUUUUUUAAUGUUAGUUCCAGUCUAACACUACUAAUCAGCCAGACCUGCCCCUUCAGCCUCACCCGCUCUGACAUUUACAUAACCUCAUGUCUGUCACAUACAUCAGAGAUAAACUUAAACACAACCCUGGUCCUAUAGCCACCUCCUGGCCCGUGUUCACUGUUGUACCGAUAGACACCCAAACACUCUGCAUGCUCUCAGGAAGCAGUGUAACGUAGUGAUCUGCCUGCAGGCCUGUUCAACGUCACUUUAAGCUGUGAGCUCUCCCCAGGCUGGUGUCCAUCCAUCCGUAGGUUGUGUAACCGUGUUUGUGGUGUCUGUGGUGCCCUUGCAGAUAUCAAUGAGUGCCAGGACCCCUCGUACUGUAAGAAUGGGAGGUGUGUGAACACGCCCGGCUCCUUUCACUGUAUAUGUACCCAGCCCCUCACCUUCAGCGCAGCGCUCAAACAGUGUGUCUAUGACGGUGGGUAUAACCAAUCGGCGCUCAGCUCGCCUGAGCCUGACCAAUCAGUGCUUAGCUCACCUGAGUUUUGGCUUACCUGUACACCUGCCACUCCUGCUACUCUUUUUAACUCCUCCCCUUUUGAGCCCCCUCUCCCCAAUACUGACCCUAUGCACAGGCUCACCACUCCCCCUCUUGCUUGUUUCUAUAGAAACACACUCUCAGUUUAGUGAGCGAGUUCAUGAGACUUGAGUUAGUCAAUGUGAUCUCAGUUCUAUAGAUUCAGUGUGAUCUCUGUUGCCCAUUUCUCAGUUUCCGUGGUUGUCCCACUAAGCUUGCAUAGUCACAGGAAAACACUUUAUUACUUCAUCCUUCAUUGUGUGCACUUGCUUGUGUGUCAGAGAAGUAGACAUAAAAUGGAGGCAAAUGAGAUGGCUUGUGGCAUUUUCUGAACCUUCCUUUCUCCAAAGCAAUGUUUCUCCUUUUAACCAAACUGUUUACUAUUGUGAUACAUGUGAUGUUGUAACAUGUUGGAUACGUUGUUGUGACAUUACUCUUGUGAUUGUGUUACUUUCUUUCAAUAAUUUUGUUGUAAACUCUCACAAGUUUGCAUUGACAAUACAGCUUUUACUUUAUUGUGUCUAGCUGGUCUUUAUGGAUCUUUAUGGCUCCAUCUUUGUGUGUGAUGUGUGACCGUAAAUGAAUGUGCAGAGCAGAGGUCUGGUGUAUCUCUGAGCCCUACCACCUCAAGCUAGGCCUCAUCACUUAUUCAUAUCUACCUGCUGGCUGUUAACAUGCUGAGCAAUUACUUGCUUAAUCAUAGAAGUCAUGAAAAGUUUCAGGAUCUGGCCUGCUUGCAUAAUGCAGGAGCAAAGAUUGGCUUCUUUAUUUGAUUGAAUAAUACUUAAGAUUCCUCUCUUUCUUUCUUUCUCUCUCUCUCUCUCUCUCUCUCUCUCUCUCUCUCUCUCUCUCUCCUCUCUCUCUCUCUCUCUCUCUCUCUCUCCUCUCUCUCUCUCUCCUCUCUCUCUCCUCUCUCUCUCUCUCUUUCUCUUUCUCCCCCCCCCCCCCCCCCCCCCCCCCCCCCCCCCCCCCCCUACCCACAGACCGCACAGCGGCCCAUAAGGACGUGUGUUUCCUGCAGGUGGAUGAGGACCUGAUCUGCAGCCACCCCAGGAACGGUUUGGUGGUCACCUACUCUGAGUGCUGCUGUCACUAUGGCCGUGGAUGGGGCCCUGAGUGUAGGACCUGCCCCCAGAGAAACUCCGGUGGGCACCAGCAACAUUUCCUUCACUGGUUUUUGGUCUGCUGGUCACUUCUGUUUCAGCUUUGCCCAUAUCAGCAUAAAUAGUCUAAUACUAAUAACUUAAAGGUCCAAUGCAUCUGUUUUAAUAUCAAAUCAUUUCUGGGUAACAAUUAAGUACAUUACUGUAACAGAGUUCCAUUAAAAUUGACAAAAAUAGCUUUUUAGCGAAGGGCUGUCUGGGAGUGGUCUGAGUGGGGAUAGGAAAAUUGAAAAAUAGCUGUUAUUGGCAGAGAUGUUUGGAACUAUCUUUGUUAUUGGUCUAUUAACCAAUUUACCGCAUGGUGAUGUUACCAUGGAAAGCCGAAACUCCCGCCCAUGCAAACCUGCUGAUUAGAAGGUCCUGUGUAGAUUGUAUUUUCAACCAGCAACUAUCAGGAAAUAACACUGAUCACAUUCGUUACACUUUUACAGUGUUAGUUUCAUCAGCUGUUGUACAAUAUGAUAUAAAACACAGGUAAAACAGAAUUUUCACUGCACUGGGCCUUUAAGAAGACUUAACUAUUUGUCUCAUUCAGGGAUCUUUAACCGGCUGUGUGAGAUGCACUUGGAGACAGAGUCUGAUGGUGAGGGAGAUUUCCUGGCAGCUUUCGCCAACUACAACCCAGGUAUUGGUAAGGCCUGUAAUAUAUUUGAUUACACUCUGAAUUUUUUUAUGAAUUUACCUCAGAGCACACCCUCUACCAUCACACCACUAGAAUAAUAUUUUCUCUCCCUCUCUCCUGUAUCUUUCAUUCUCUCUCUCUCUCUCUCUCUCUCUCUCUCUCUGUUUUGGCUCAGAAGGGGACAGUUCAGAAGAGGACUCAGAUGAGUGUAGUUGUGCCAAUGGUCGCUGUGUGCGUUCCUACUUGGGCACUAUGUGUGAGUGCAACACAGGCUUUAGGCUGGACCACUCCCGCACCCGCUGCACAGGUAUGUUGACAAUCCACAUAUUCUGUCUGUCUGCUUCCCUUUAACUUUGGGUUGGAUUAGAGGGAAGGCGAAUGCUUGCAUUUUAGCUUCAGUUCAGUCAUCUCAAUCUUUAGGUGGAUGCCAAUUUGGAUGCUCAUCAAUUCUGCGAACAGAAGAGUCUCUGUAUAAUUUGUAGCUGUUGUCCUUUGUUGAAGUGUUUUGACAGACAUGUCUGAAAUUGUAUUUAGCAUUUAAAAGAACAUCUGGUUGUUGAUUUUAUAUGCAAUGUUCCCUCUAAGCUGCGUGCGUGUGUGCGCGGCCCCAGCUCCACGGGACUACCGCACAGGAGAAAUAUCAGUCCACGCACAGAAGCACGAGACUGAACUUCACUCAACUUUCUAGUUUUCCCCUUUAGUUAACACUAUCAACGUUUCCCUCUACUGUGGGAAUUGCCAAUAUUAGCCACUUUCAAUGCAAUAUACCGAAACAUAACAAACUAUGCAAGACUUAGUAUGCAAAACUAACUAUGCAAGAGAUUUUCUUGUUGGCAGAACGCACCAGAGUAGGAUUCUAUUGCAUUGACAGGCACAUCUCAGCCCAUACUCUACAGACCGGUGCGGCAUUAACCAAUCAGAGCUGCAGUAUCCCUAUAUGCAAAUAGACAAUUACCAUAUAUGGAUCUGUGCCAUCCACUUUGAACUGGACUGUGUUUACAGCAUGAGUAGAUACACUUGUUUUGAGAUCAAAGCGUGAGCUGCAUGUAGCCACGUGUACACAUUUGUUAAUAUUCUUUGCUAGUAAGUGAGUUAUUAGCCCAGUUAUAGCUAAUUUCUAGUCAGCAAUGGAGAAAUGGUUGCUUCUUACAAGAGUACAAAACGUGUGCAUUUCUAGACAUCUUUGAAAAACGAGUCAGGUAAAGAGCAUUGUUUCUCUCUUAAAGAGGCAGUGUUGUAUUUUGAGACAGGCUUGAAUAAGCUAAGUUGCCAAUAGGCAGAGGGUAGCAUAAUUUGUCUGAUUCUCUGUAAUAAUGGUAUGGGAAUAAUAAUGAACUUUAUUUUGUAAAGUGGUUUCUUGCAUUAAACAGCACGUUUUCAGUCACCUCCUUGUCCGAAGGACAAGUGGAUAAACAGGUUCAUAUCAAGCCCUGCAUAUUUUUUCCAAAAGUCUCACGGAAUGUAGGCCUACAUUGAACACCACACAUUGCCUGCUACUGUAGGCUGAAUGACAGAACAGCUAUUUACAGGUUAAAAUGUUAUGGGAUGCAUUUUCUCUAUUGUUUUUGAUGGUAGGCCUCUCUAUAAUGCCUACAUUAUGAUCAAAUAGCCACAGUAGCCUACUUGGCCACUGUUAUAACUGUAACUUAAAGCGGGUACAGCCUCAGUGUUCACAGUAAACGCGUGCCAAACGUUGCACAGAAUUUUCACAACGUUUAAGUUUGCGCUCAGCAGACCUAACAUUUGCUCAGCGCCCAAAAAAAUUUGAGGGAACAUUGUUAUAUGGGACCACCCAUACACAAAAAUGUAUGCACGCAUGACUGUAAGUCGCUUUGGAUAAAAGCGUCUGCUAAAUGGCAUUUAUUAUUAUUUAUUAUUAUAUGUAAAUUGAUGUGCAGGCAGAUGGCAAGCUCUCUGUUUUGUGUCAAACCAUCUCCCUCUUUCUCUCUCCCUCUCUCUCUUUUCAGAUAUUGAUGAGUGUGCUGAACCAGGGGUCCGAGUUAAUCCAUGCAAGAAUGCCCGCUGUGUCAACACGAUAGGCUCGUUCAAGUGCUACUGCAAAAAUGGCUUUGUCCCUGCACGAAGGCCCAACAUGUGUGUACCAGGCACGAAGGUCCAACAUGUCCGUACCAGGGCUCUAUAAGAACUGUAUCUCUGUCGAACAUACAUAAAUACACACAUGCAACCCCUCUGUCUUAUAAGUUCAAUAUUCAGUAUGUGCCUGCCUGUCCCUCGAAAAAACGUUGUGGUGCCUUCAAAGGGCUCGUUUGAAAUGUUUGAAAUGUACAAAAUGUGUUGUUGUUGUUGGCUCCUCCUUCGCUGAAAUUAGAAAUUAGCUUCCAGUUUGGUUCUUCGCAAUUAUUUUCCUUAUACCUAAUUAAGAAAAUGCUUUGGUUUAUUUUUAUGUAUUUUUGUAAUUAUUAUUAUUUUUAAACUGUUUGUGUCCAUUGACUGUUAAACUUGUGUUUUUGUUUAUUUGUUGAGUUGUUUCCUUGUUGCGUUGAUCUCAUACAUCCAUGAAUCUUAAGCCCUCCUACAGGCAGUUUGAUGAGGAAGUUCCUGUCAAACCCACUUCCUUCCUGUGUGUCUGAACUCCUAUAUGAGUAGCAGACCAUUAUUGUACAUUUUGGGAUAUUAGAGACUCUGUCCUCCUUCAUUGUCCAGUUUUGUACAGUAUGUGAAGUGGAGAUUACUUUGUUGCCUGUUGGAUCGGUGCCUAUCAAGCUCCUGUAAUCAUUUGUUUUACGGGAUGUUUUGGAAAUUGCACUUCAUUGGAAACCAUUUAAGUGCCUUGUAGACUGUUGACAUGUGCAUAUUGAGUGCAAAUGAAGCUAGACUAAAGGUAAAUGGGGUAAAAGGUAAUAUUCAGACCUAACUCGUGGAUCCAGAGGAAAUCCUCAGGAGUACGGUGGAAAAUCGACCCCAAAGUAAAUGGAAUGGCAUACAUACUUAGUGACUUCUCUUAACAAAAUGACAGAGUUUGUUUGCCUAUGCAUUAUAAGGAACCAAAGUGGCUUUUGAGAGAAAUAAAUUAAACAGCAGAAGUCAACCACCAAAUGUGUGUUUGUGAGUGUAUUCUUUAUAAAGUGGAUUCGUUCUUUCUUUGAGAUUAUAGGUUUUUCCCAUCCAUAUCCUGUUCUGUCCAUGAGAAGAAAAUCAACACAGACUCAUGCACUACAGAACAGAUUGCUUCAUAAAUUAAUCACAUUACAUGUACUCAGUGAGAUGACGAGCCUCUGCC